CCGCCUCAGUCCAUCGCCGACUGCCGCCCCGACAUUUCCAAACGUAUCGCGGUAACCGUUAACGUAAACGGCAAAAAACUUCCGAACACCGAAGUGAAGUGAAUUGAAAAGUUUGGAUUUUCCAGUGCAGUGCCAGUGUGGUGUUUUGUUGUUAGUUACCGCGAUGCAGAUAUCGGCGUGACACCGGGUUGACAAGAUUCAAUCCGCGAGAUGUCGCAACCGCCGCCGGGACACGGACGCGCGCGCCCCCCGGGCCCUCCGUCCCCCCUCCACUACCGCCCCCCCUCACCAUGGGCCCCAAGCCCACCCCCACUUAUCUCUGGCCCUCGGCAUUCCACAGCCCUGGUGUCACCACCACCAGUUCAGCCGUCACCUAAACCAUUCAGGCCAUUGCAUUCUCCUUUCCGGCCGCACUCUCCAUCUCCGAGCUCACAUUUCUCUAUCUCGCCCUAUCCCAUGUCUCCUACGUUGGGGCAGAGCCCGGAGUAUUAUUACUCGUCUCCGUACGAGCCAGUUCGGGAGUACGAUUACGCGGGAGUCCCGCUGGAGCCGCCUCCGCCCCCUCGGCCGAUGAUAUACGAGGAGGAUGAAGAAAGAGGCCCAUCCACGGCAGAGAUCAUUGCCAGCCAGUCACAGGAAGGCUACGUUGAUGAGAAGCUAGCAGAGUAUCAGCUCACAAUUCAGUUAUUACAAGAUGAACAGGAAAGAGUACAGAAGAAGACAUUCGUUAAUUGGAUCAAUUCACAUUUGUCGAAGCGCAUACCGCCACUGCGCAUCGACGAUUUGAUACAUGAUCUGCGCGAUGGCACCAAACUAUUGGCGCUGCUCGAAGUGCUGUCGGGGGAGAAACUGCCAAUGGAACGCGGUCGCGUCCUACGCCGCCCGCACUUUUUGUCCAAUGCCAACACUGCGUUGAGGUUCCUCGCGGGAAAACGAAUCAAGCUUGUGAACAUCAACGCAGCGGACCUCGUGGACGGCCGACCUGCCGUCGUUCUUGGUCUAAUAUGGACCAUCAUCCUCUACUUCCAGAUCGAGGAGAACAGCCGAGCGCUGGAGUACUUGGGCGGGUCGCGCUGCGCGUCCGUCAUGUCGCAGGAGUCCGGGGCCGCCACCCCGACGCACCGCGCCGAGGACCGCUGGAAGCAGGGCGCCAAGAAGACGCUGCUGCAGUGGGUCGCCAACGCCCUGCCCAAGGAUUCCAACAUUCAUGUAUCAGACUUUGGUCCCUCUUGGCGUGAUGGUGUAGCUUUCCUUGCCAUUAUCGACGCAAUUAAAGCCAACCUGAUCAAUCUCGCCGAGAUGAAGAGGAAGACGAACAGACAGCGCUUGGAACACGCCUUCGACGUAGCUGAGAACGAACUGGGCAUCGCCAGGCUUCUGGAUGCAGAAGAUGUGGAUGUGGAGAAGCCAGAUGAAAGAUCCAUUAUGACUUAUGUGGCACAGUUUUUGCACAAAUAUCCUGAACCCAAGACAACAGGACCGGACGCUGUAGCGGCAGUACAGGAGGAAUACGAAUCUCUUAGAAUGUGGUUGACGGAACGCGUCACCAUCAUUCAAAGGCAAUACGACACGCGAACUCUUUCGCGAAACUACGAGGACUACGUCCGCGCCGAAAACGACAGGCUCGCCCGAGAACCUGUCUACAAGAAACUCGAAAAACUCAUGUACACACAAAGCUUAGUAGCCAUCGCGCCCAAGUCGUGGCGCGAGCUAGUUUCCCUCUGGACAGAACUCGAAAGACUUUACAGAAGAUGGCUCUGGCUUUUGGACUCUGACUUACCCGGGGAUUUCAGAAUGGUCGGUGAAUGGCUGGCCAGAGCUGAAUACCUUUUAUACUUUGACGAAAUACCUACAAGCCUUGACGAAAGAACGGCAGCUAUCAUCAGCGAGAAACUAGAGGAACAUAGCUCGUUCUUCGCCAGUCUUCCUGAAGUUGUUGAUAGGUUUGAAGCCGCGUUAAGAUCCCCUGACGCUUCAAGAAUCCCCGGGGAGAGGCUUCAAGAAAUGAAAGAGCGCUUAGAGACUGUGAGUCGAAGAGCCCCACAAAGAAAAGCUAGAUUAAAAUAUUUAGAACACAAAUGCUGCAUAGUAGCUUUCACAGAACUGACCAAGGCUAAACUAGCCACGUGGACCGGAAAAUACGGCCGCAUUGAUCACGUUCGUGCCUUAUUAGAUGAUUAUGAUAACUUUGUGACAAAGAAUAAGAUUUUCCAAGAGUUUGAUAGAGCGUAUGUUGAUAUAAAAGAAGUAGCGGAAGAGUACAAGAGAGUGUGUCAAGUAGAUAGGACUGAAGCUAAAGAGAUUGAUGCAUUUUUGAGAGAAGUAUCAGAAACGUGGCGUAGGGUGUCCUCAGACGUGAGGUGCGCCCGAAGCGUACUCGAAGAAGUGAUAGCUCAUUGGGACAGGUGGAACACUUUGUCUGAUGACUUUACAACUUGGUUGGACAAGGCGCAACACAUGCUGCGCGUCUCUGAAGACGAAAGAUUGGAAUUCUUCCAAGACCUCACCGUGUGGAAGGAGAAGCACCAACUGCUCGGUGAUGCUGCCGGAUUCCUGGCUGCGACGUCAUCUGAUGACAUCGCGUCAGAAGUCAAGCGGAAGUACAUCGAAAUCACCGAACGAUGGGAGCGCGUAUGGGAAGAAGCCGAGAGGUACGUCCGCGGCGGCGACGCGCUGCGGCACCGGCGCGAGCUGGCGGCGGGCGCGGCCGCGCUGGACUCGUGGCUGCGCGCCGCCGACUCGCUGCUGGCGCGCCAGCCGCGUGCUGCCACACGGGACAUCCAGGCCUACAUCGACCAGCUGCUGCAGCUCAACAGCGAGAUUGAGCACCACGAGGAACUCUUUAAGACCAUAAGCAGGACCUUCCAAAACGCAAUCGCCGAGCUACCCCGCGACGAGGUAGAAGCUAACAUGGCGAAGCUAAAGCAGCAGAAGGAAGCGUUAGUGCGAGUGCGCGCCACCGUGCCAGUCAAGUUGCACCAGUACCGGCAGCUACUCGUCCAGCACGAGUCCCUCGAGACCGGCCAGCGGGAGAUCGGCCAGUGGCUGGACAAGGCGGAAGAGGCGCUGGCCACGACACACCAGACUAGACGUGAAAUCAUAGAAGAGCAGUACGAGAUCCACCGGUCCUUCUUCUCACGGACGACGUACUACCGCUCCAUGCUCGAGAGCAAGAACAAGGUCUUCCAGAACAUCGUGAAGUCGGCCGACGCGGACCGCAGCGCUGACGUCACGGAGCAAGUGCACCUCAUGAGAGAUCUCAAUGACAGAUUUGCGCAUGUGUCCUCGGAAGCGACACGCCGCGAGGCCGAGCUGCAGCGACUCGCCCGCGCUUGGGAAGAGUUUGAGACCAAGAAGCGUUCCGUGGAGGAAUGGGCCUCCCGCGCGGAAGCCCUGUUGGCUGACAACCGAGUCGACUCCAAGCAAGCCGUGGACUUCCAUAAGAGGUUCUUCCAGGGAGCCGAUGAGAGGGCCGUGUCUGAGCUCGUUCGCUCUGGACGGGAGCUUAUAGAGCUGGUCAGCGAAGAAGAGCGGCCGCAAGUAGUCAGCACGGUGGAGACCCUGCAGCGGCGCUGGCGCGAGCUGCUGGCGCGCGCGCCGCCGCACCUCAUGCGCCUCGAGUUCCGCCUCGACGAGGCCGUGUUCUCGCACUGCAUCAAGGACAUCGAGAAGGAGAUCGUCUACGAGGAACAGGCAUACAACCAAAGCGACGACGCAGAUGGCAUUCUCAUCAGGAACGAGGAAUACUUCCGCAACCAAGGCAAGGUGAUGCAGGUGGAACAUUGCCUCCAGAACCUGAAAAAGAUUUCCACCAGUUACACCCAGCAGACGAAUGAUACGUCCCUUGAAGAAGCCUUGAGGAGGUGUGAACAGCAAUGGGAGAGCACCGUCCACAGAGUGGAGAACUUCCGGCAGCAGCUACAGAGGAUCCCGGCCAAGUGGGACGCCUACAGGGAGAAGUUCCGUGAGAUGGAAAGGUGGAUGGACCACGUAGACAAGACUAUGGAUAGCAUUGUCAGAGAAGUUGACUCUGCUGAAGCGUUUGAACGAGAGAAGACUAUAUUCCAGAACAUUUGCCGUGAAGCAGACAGGAAGCGUGAAGACAUGAAGUGGCUUGUACAGACACUGGAUAUGCUGACUAACCAUUGCUCAGAGCUUGAGGCUCAAGAAGAACAAGUCAAACUUGAAAACCUCAUUGCACGAUACAAAAAUCUCAUCCCAACAAUCGAGAUCACAAUGAUCAAGACUGAGACCUACACGAGAUGUUACACUUAUCGCCGUGAGGUUCAUGAAGUGAUCUGUAUUCUUGAAAGCGUGAAAGAACAAGCUAUGAUAGAACCGGAACCCCAAUCCUUGCAACACGUGGAACAGUUGGUUAUGGAACAACAAUCGGCUGUACAGAAGCUCGACCGCCAGCGACCUUCUGUCAUGUCGAUGCUGCAGCGUGGCAAGGAAUUGAUCAAGGACGCGAAUGCACCUGCCUUUGUAAGAGAAGACGUAAGAAAUCUCGAGACCGGUUGGAACGCUGCUUACGAGACAUCCAAUGACCGCCUUCAUAAACUGCGCGAUACGCAGAAGGUGUGGUCCAACUACGAGUAUCAAAAGGAAGAAUUACUGUCUGAUCUUGAUAGGAUAGAAAAUUAUGUCGCUCACCCUGGUUUGGAAUUAGGCGUUACAAACAUUGCCCGUGAGCUUCAAGAAACAAAGACAUUUAAUGCUGAUAUAGAAAGAGCCAAAUCUGAAAAGCUUCCGCAGUUACAGCAAGCUUACGCUCAAUUGCAGUCGCUGACUGCUGACAAACCCAAGCCUGUCAUUGAGAAAGACCUCGAAGCAAUUGGAAUGAAACUGGAUAGAGUGCAAGAUGAAGUUCAAACUAAAGUCGUACAUUUAGAGAAGUUCAACGAAGAAUGGGUAAAGAUAGAACAUAAAUUAGAUCAUGUUCGUGAAUGGAUAAAGAAAGAAAGCCCAGCACUAAUUUCUCAUAUUCGAUCUGAAAACAUUACUCCCGAAGAACGAGUUUUAAAAUCACAAGCAUUGCAGAAAGUAAUUGCUGAAAAACUUGACAUCAUCAAGGAGGUCGCAGACCAAGGAACUAAACUAGCCGUAGAACACAAAGUCCAGGACGCAAACAGGCUAAAAGGAGAAGUUGCCUUGUUAGAAAAAAUGAUGGCUGAUCUUCAGCGUUCAACAGAACAUCAAACCAAAGUUGUAGAACAUGAUUUAGCAAGCUGGCAAAAGUAUCAAAAAGGGGUAGUUGAAAUUAAACCUUGGGUUGAAGAAGCUGAAGCUAAAUUAGGCAGUGUACCUAAACCUUCAACGCUAGCUGAGGCGCAGCAAAUGCAACAACAAUCUAAAGCAUUGCUAACUGAUUGUGACAAACAGUUGAUGAACCUUCAGAUUCUUUCAAGCGUGAGCCAUCAAUUAUCUGGCAAAACAAGUGCUCCCGACGAAGUCGACGCUAUUCACUCAAGAUGGGCGGUAAUUCACGACCAAGCAGAUCAAUGGAACAAUAAAUUAGACAAAUUAGUCACUAAUUGGGAGAACUUUGAACGUGAGGCACAGAAAUUAGAAGCAUGGAUAGAAAAUGGAGAAAAACUUAUAAGUAGUCGAAGUGUUACUAUCGAUUCUCCACAAGUUGAAAAAUUAGACCGUGAAUUGAACAAACUAAAGUCGUUUGGCAAUGAAAUUUCGCAACAGCAAGCUAAAAUUAUUAGUUUGUCUCAGACUUGUGACAAUAUAUGUCACAGCAUACAACCCGAAGGAGCUACUUUGUUAAAAAAUAAUGUAGCUAGUAUUAAACAACGCACAAAUGAUUUGGCCGAAACAGUUCGAGGUCGAGUUAAUGAGCUAUCGGACAAAAUAAUUGUCCGUCAGGAAUUCAUGACCAAAUUGCAUACAUUCGAUAACUGGAUUACUGAUUUUAGGAGAAAGACUGAAAGCUAUGAUCAAAUAGCUGCGGACAAAGUAGAACCUACACUGCAAUCUAUGCAUGUUCUGCUCCAAGAACAUGCCGCAAAAGCUCCAGAAUUUACGGACAUUUACAACGAAAUCAAGAAUAUGACGCUCUCAUCACAUCCUGAUGAAUCGCGUGCUUUGAGCGAAACCUACUCUAACAUCGCAGAGCAUUACCAAAUUAUUGAAAACAAUAUUCAACAAAACAAGAGCGUAUUACAGAAAUGGUCAGACCUCUUGAACUGGUACGAAGAUAAUAAGCAACAACUAGGGCAUAUUCAGUACCAAAUAGAUGGUCCAAAACUCACUCCUGAGAACUACGAAAUAUUACGCCAAGAACUAGUCAACGUGAUAACUAAGAUACCUGAAUGGAAGAGCAACGUUGCUCUAUUAGAUGGACCUUCACGUGUCAAGGUUACAGACCAAAAUUCAGGUAGAAUGAUAUCACCAACGAGUCUUGUUAAGGAAAUUGAAAUGAAAGCGGAUGCUCUGCUCAACCAAGUGACGACGAAGAGAGAUUUGGUUCAAAAGGUAGGAGCUAGGUGGGACAAAUUCAAUGUACAGCAUAAUGCGUUAGCAGAAGUAUUACACAACGUCCAAUCCGUCUUAAAUGAAAUGGCUCAAAAACCGGUACCUCUGACUGAAGCUUCAAUUCAAGAUAUGACUGAAGAACUUGACAAGUUAGAUGCAGAACUUAAGGAUAAACAGUCGGUACGAAAAGAACUAAGAGAAGAAGGGCUACAUUUGAUGCGGGAAGAUCAACCAAAUAUGGGCACUAUUCAAAAUGCCUUGACGGCAGCUGACAAUAACUGGGACCAGAUUGUAAAUUCAGUGCGCGAUACAAAGAACAAAUAUAUACUUCUUUCAUCUACCUUACAGGAGUUGAAAAAUUUUACUGUCGCUUUUGACCGGGAAAUGACAAGAGCAGAUCAACUUUACAGUGAAUGCAAAGAUGCUCCUCAUGAUUACGUGCAAACAGCCCAUGCUUUAGACAAAGCUAAAAAAGCUUAUGAAAUUCUUAGACGGUCCAAAGGAUUGUUGGAUCAAAUGGACCUCAUUAAGCAGUCAGUCCUUAAACAAGCUUCUACUUUAGGUGGUUUUGAUACUAGUCCUUUGGAAGAAGCUUUCUUAAACUCUCAAACUCAAUGGGAGAAAGCGAAUGACGCUAUCAUUAAGCGCAUCCAAGACUUAGAAUCUCAACUCAUUGUAUGGAGGCAAAUUGACGAUACGAAGAACCAAGUUGUUACUUGGUUAAGUGAAACGGGUCAGAACUUAGCUAAUGCUAGUGAUAACUUAGAAAUAAGAUUCGGACACAGCCAUUUGACCAAGUACAAAGAGGAACUUCCAAUAUAUGCUGGCUUGAAAAACAGCAUUAAAGCCAAAUGUGAACAGAUAACCAAUCUCAAUAAAAACAUUCCUGUCAGCCAAGUUUCAUCAAUAGUUGAGUAUUUAGAUAAUGAGUUUGAAGCUUUACAAUCAUUAGCUGAUAACCUCGAGACUGCGGUAUCAUCCUUAGAAACUAAAGAAAACAAAUUAAAAGAUAAUAUUAAGCGAUUGUCAGACAGUGUGAGUAAAAUAAGAGAUGACAUCAUCCAAUGCGAUGAUAUGACAGGCGAUAAUGCGAAAAUUUUGGAUCGUCUUAAGAAGUGUCAGUUAUGCAAAGCUAAAUUACAAGAGUUAAGCGAUGAGAUUGAUAAUGUAGCACAAAACGUCUCGGAAAUGAACGCAAAUUAUCCUGGGUUCUACGAAUCUCUAGUUCCUAAAGAAUUAAGCGGACUACAAAAACGAUUUGAAAGCGUAGUAGUGCAUGCUAACAAAACUGAAACAACGCUUCUAACUUUUUUGCAAAAGCUCUUUACUGACAAGCUUAGUAUGUUCAAUAGAAAUCUUAAAAUCUUAGAUGAUAAAACUAGAUGGUGUAUGCCCGAUGCUGCAAGUGAUAAAUACAAUUUAGAAGUUAAAAACGCAGCACUGGCUGAUGUUGAAAACGGAUUAGUUGAAUGUGUCGCGAAGGUUAAAGAGUUAAAAGAAGCCUGUGACAUAUUACACGUUGUUGCCGAACCAGCUUGCGCUCAAGAAGCCGCUCAGCAAACAGAAAAAGCGAGAAAGAAUCUAGAUGUGCUGACCUCAAACUACGAACAAAUUAAGAGCAAACUAAAAGAGAAUAUUGGAGCUUGGCAAGAUUAUGAAACGUUAUUGGAAAACGUUUCAGAAUGGCUAAAAGAAAAAGAAAAUAGGGUAAGACAAGAAGCAGCUAAUCUGCUUACUCUAGAUGAAAUAGACAGCAAAAUAACUGAUAUUACAGCAUUAAAUAAAGAAAUUAAAGACUACGGUGAACAAGUCGACAAACUAACGGGUAUAGGUGAAAAUAUCAUAGCUCAAAAUACAGACUCACGUGUUUUGCAAUAUAUAAAUCAUUUAGUCACCAGGUAUCAAACUGUUUCCAAAUUUAUGGACAACCACCUUGCCAGGCUUAAAGAUUUGAAAGAAAACAAAGGUAAAUACAAUAAAUCAAUAGCUGAAUUUAAAAAUUGGCUUCAAGAUGCAAAUGCAAAGAUUAAGGACCUAUCAGCUAUGAGUAAACAUGCUAAACCGACUCCGACCGAUCUAGAACAAGUAAAGAAAUUAAACGACAACAAAGAAACUGGCCAAAAACUUUUGAAUAAUGCUAUUGAAUCUGGGGAAGCAUUGUUUAGUGGUAUAACACCUGAGGAUCGGGAAGCAGUUAGGAAUGAACUCAGAUCAUUAAGAGAUUACUUUGAAGAUUCGGCUGAUUCUCUUAAUAACGUCAUUAAAGAUAUUGAGACUACAAUCAACAAACGUUCUUCAUUCGAUGAUACUUUUAACCAAGUUCAAAAAUGGAUUGGAGAUAAAGAGAAGGAACUAGGUGAGUUCAAACUGGGAGCUACCUUACCUGAAAAGAAGGCUCAGCUGCACGCAAAUAAAAUUUUACAUCAAGAGGUAGAGUUACAUCAGUCAAUGCUGACCCAACUGACAGAAAAGAUAAAACUUAUGCCUGAUGAUGAAGCUGAAAAAAGUUUAUCUAAGACCAUUGACAGGUACCAAAACAUGGCUAAAGAGCUUCAAAAUCGAAUUAACAUCUCCGAAUCACAUGUCGCAGAACACGAAAAAUAUGUCCAAAUGUUUGAAGACACUCGUGAUCGCCUCAAUCAUAUAGUAGCUGAAAACAGCAUGCUAAACUAUGGCGUGGUUUCACAAAAAGAUGACGUCGAUUCGAAAAUCGCUGCUAUAGAAAAGGUUACAUCCAAAGCACAACAUAUUGAAACUGAUUUAGAUGGCUUAAAAUCUCAUUUGACUUCCCUUUUAAAGUCUACAAGUUCAAAUGGACAUCCAAUACUCAUAAGCGAAUAUGAACAGCUUAGUGCCACAUGGAAUCAGUUUUCUUCUCAAUGCAAAGCCCAAGAUGAGAAACUCAAAGAAACAUUAAAACAAUGGAAUGAAAGUCAAAAAACCUUAGACGAACUGGAAGAAUGGCUUAAAAUCAAAGAAAAUCAACUGAGAGAUCAAAGCUUAAAGAGUACUCUAGAAGCUAAGAUUGCUCAUUUACAAAAAGUUAAAGAAAUGCAGACUGAGUUAGCUUCACGAAGUGGAGAAUUUUCCGCUUUGGCAAGGUCUAGCAGCACACAAAAUGUUGCCAGCGAAACUGACAUUUCAACAAAAACAUCUAAACUGGCUACAAGAUACCAUACUCUAAACAAUCUUGUUAGUGAAACUAUAUCUAAAUACGAAGUGUUUGUGUCUGAGCAUAAAGAAUUCGAGAAUGAUUACACUGAUAUGGAAAGCUGGCUAAUGGGCAUGCUUGGUGAGCUACAGGAUCUAAAUGAAAUUGUUGGUGAUUAUGCUGUUCUGCAAGAAAAACAGAAUAAAGCUAAAGAGUUAUAUGAAACAAGAAAUAAGAAGACGCCAGCUUUUGAAGAAUUCUUAGGCUUAGGAGAGAAACUUUACACACAUACCAGCCCGGAUGGCAGGGAGGUCAUUCGUCAAAAGAUUCGUAAAAUCAGAACUCUGUGGGAUAGUUUUGGCGAUAGCUUCCAAGAAACUGUCAAUAAAUUAGACCAGUGCCUAUUACAAUUUUCUGAUUUCUCGCUAGCGCAGGAACAACUUACAAAGUGGUUAAAAGACGUUGAGAAAGCUAUGCAGCGUCAUACAGAGUUAAAGGCAUCAUUAGAAGAGAAGAAGGCGCAAUUGCAAAACCAUAAAAUAAUGCACCAGGAAAUCAUGUCUCAUCAACAACUUGUCGAGUCUGUUUGUGAUAAAGCGCAACAAUUGGUUGACCAGACACAUGAUGCGUCACUUAAUGUCUAUUUGCAGUCCAUUAAACAAUUAUUCCAGAACAUUGUUACUAAAUCUCAAAAUCUGCAAGACAAUUUAGAAGACUGUGUCAAGCGGCAUGAGGACUUAGUCCGUUUGAUUCAGCAAUACAAGGAAUGGUUUGGAUCUCAAUCAGAAAAGUUACUUGACAUCGAAAAUGCAGUUGGAGAAAAGCCAGAAAUUGUACGGAAAUUGCAAUCAGCAGUUGCUUUGAAAGACAUUGAGAAGGUAGGUUCGAAGAAGCUUGAUGAAAUACGAGCUAUAUUUUCUUCUGUCAGCAAGAGCACGUCAGAACCGGGCAACGCAGCUAUUAAAGCUGAAAUAGAUAACUUACAUGACCAGUUACGCAAUGCGGUUGAAGGCAUCGUAUCUUCAGAACAGAAGUUGAAACAUACCUUAGAAAUUUGGAAUAAGUUUGAUUCGUCGAUUGAAUCUAUCACAGAAUGGCUUAAAGACAAAGAAUCUAAGUGUCGCGAUCAAAGUUUAUGUUCAACUUUACAAGAAAAAGAAGCCCAGCUUCAAAGAUACGUUGACCUUCGCAACAGUAUUAACUCUAAAGAAAAGGAGAUUGAUACAUUUGUAGAUGACUCGCAUAGUUUGAUACAAUUAAGUGGCGUCGAACGUCUUAAACCUUUGGUCACACAAGUUAGCAGCCGAUAUCAACAACUGCAUGUUAUUUCUAAAGAAAUCGUCAAUCACUGGAGUGAAUUAGUGGCUGAUCAUAAGAAGUAUGUGCAACUACAUAAUGAAUUUGACAGUUGGCUUAGACCUUUAGAGGAACAAGUUUCUCAAAUGGCAGCUAAAGAAGAUAAGCUAACUAUUGAAAGUAGGGGUAAUAAACUACAAGUGUUCUUGUUGGAAAGAGAUAAUGGAGAACAUAAAAUUAGUAUUCUGACUAGUGCUGGUGAUAAGGUAUUGCCUGAAACUGCUGCGAAUGGUAGAGAGAACAUUCGAGUUGAAAUCAGAACACUUAGAGAACGAUGGGACAAACUAAACGAUUCAAUUCUCCAGCAACAAAAGGAAUUCGAAUCCCAAACACUUCAAUGGUCAAGUUAUCAAGAUGUUUUACAGCAGACGUUGUCUUGGCUCGAUGAGAAAGAAAAAAUUGUGGACGCAGAAGAAAAAUCUGUGCUCAAUUCUGCCCAAGAAAUAAAAUCAAAGCUUCUGAAAAAUAAGACAUUACUUCAAGAAAUUUAUUCUCACAAGAGAGUAAUUGAGACAGUUACAGAAAAAGCAAAGAGUGUGGCUGCUUCUUUGCACUCCGGGAAAGGUGAAAACGAUGAAAUGGCUAGCAUCAUAAAAUCCGUGUGGGAUCGCUACAAUGCCCUGACAAGCAGACUGUCUGGAAUUAUUGAUAAACAUGAAAGCAACUUCGAGAUAUACCAACAGUUUACGGAUCAGCAAAAGUCACUACAAGACUAUCAAAAGCAUCUGUGGGAUCGUCUGCACCUGCUAUCAGAUUUUACUGGAAACAAAGCAGCGUUACAAAGUAAAUUAGCCAAAAUACAAGAACUACUGGAUGCUAUUCCAACUGGCAACAAUAAAUUGAAAAUACUGCAAGACUUAAUUGAAAACAAUGGUGCCAAAUUAUCGCCUAGAGGAAAAGAAGGAAUGUCCAGGGAACUGGCAUUACUUAGGGCUGACUUAGAAAAGUUCACUGCCACUGUCCAUGAUGUGAAGCGAGGUAUUGAAGAUAAGAUUCAACAAUGGGUCGAGUUUGACAGCGCCAAUGAUCGCCUUCAACACUGGCUGAGCGACACGGAGAUGAGUCUCAAGACGUACUCUCCCAAAGCAACUUUAGAGGAGAAAUUGGAUCAGCUCAAUAAAUACCAGGACUUAUGUAAAGCGAUUGAUAACCAUGAAACUGAUUUGAGCGCAGUCGCUUCGUUGGGCGAAGCGUUGGACCAAGCUAUUUUAGCUAAUCUAAAGAAAACAGAAAACGAUGUUGACAAACUAUCUGACGAGUUCAGUGAUUUAAUAGAAAACUGCAAUGAUACAAGAAUCACUAUGAACUUGCAACAAAUGACAUCACGAUUCCAAUCAGUGCAAUCAACUGCGAAAGAAUUGGUUAAGAAAUGUGAACAAGCCGUUAACGACCAUAAUGCUUAUCAAGAAAAGUAUAACCAAUGCGCAGAUUGGAUAAAAACAGCACAAUAUUCAUUUGAAGAGUGUAACAAAAAUCUAUCCAACACUCCUGAAGGUAUCAAAGCUAAACGCGAAAGCCUAAACGACUUAUUGAGCCAACGUCGCAAUGCUACUUUACUAGUCAAUAACACCUUUGAGUUGGGAGAGAAACUGUAUCCUUCCACUUCACCAGAGGGCAAAGAAUUGAUAGAACAACAGCUUCAAGACAUGCAACAGGCGAUUGAUAAUUUGUAUGACAGCAUUACAAAGGCGGAACGAGACUUAGAUUCUGAGUUAAACAAGUGGUCAUCGUUUGAAGACAAUUUGAAAACUGUGCAACAAUGGCUCAGUACCGCUGAGAAAAAUCUACCAAAAGAAAUUGAACUCAAAGCUACGUUGGAUGAGAAAAGAAAUCAACUUAAUUUAUACAGGACAUGUCUUCAAGAUGCUAUCGCACAUCAGCAAGAUAUUGCAAACUUAGAAGCAAGGGCACAAAGUCUGCCCGACGUAACUAAAGACAUUACAAAAGAAAUAAGUAUGCUUCAACAACGGCAUAACGCUAUUCUUGCUAGAGCAAAGUCUUUUGUCGAGCAGUAUGAAGCUAUUGUAAACAAUCACCAGCAAUAUACUAAAGCGGUAAUGGAUUUGCAAGAAUGGGUAGAAUCCACUCACAAUACCGUCCAGCUUUGGGGUGAUGUCAACCUUGAACGCGUUGCUUUGAGCAGUAAUUGCGAGAAGCUCAAAUCAUUGCAGCAUACUUUAUCGGAAGAGAAAAACCGUAUAGAUAAAAUACGCAGCCUAGGUGAAAAAGUGUUACCUGGAACCAUAAGCAAUGGUCAGGCGAAUAUAAGAAAUCAAAUUGACGCUUCUCACCAAGAAUGGGAAGGUCUUGUGUCUUUCAUUUCAAAAACAAUAGAGGCUUUGGAGAGUAAGAUACAACAAUGGAAUGAAUAUGAAAACAUGAAAGACCAGUGCUUGGCCUGGAUAAGAAAUACAGAUACGCAAAUUCACGCUGUAGAUCUCAAGGCAACGUUAGCCGAGAAACAAGACCAAUUCAAGAAAUUCCAAGAGUUGCAAGGAGAGGUGAGGGCUAAAGAACUAGAAAUUGACAAUAUCACAGAAAAAGCACAGAACCUUUACACUGGUGUGCUAGGUCCUCGUGGUUCACAAAUAUCAGACUUGUCUGUGAAAUAUCAAGCGUUAUCUCAGAAAGUAAAAGAUCUAACAAACAGAUGGCAGCAAUACGUCAAGACUCACCAAGAAUUUACCAGCAACGUUACCGAAUGUUCUCAAUGGAUUGAAGAACUAAGAGACAAGCUGGACUUCUGUGCUGACUUGAGCUCUUGCUCUCAGGAUGAUUUAGAAACCAAGUUAGUAUUAAUUCAAAACCUUCUACUUGCCAAGGAUGAAGGUUUUACUAAAGUUCAGUCCCUAGUUGAACUUGCUCAAAAUGUUAUGGCGAAUACGGCAUCUUCUGGACAUGAUGCUAUCAACAACUCUCUCGUCACUUUGCAAGAACAAUGGUCAGCUCUUUUGUCCAGAAUGAUAGAGACUAAGAACUUACUCGACGAUUCGGUCACUAAAUGGGCUGGAUUCUUAGAACAAAUACAACUUAUAGAAAAAAGCAACACAUGGAUGGAAAAUAUGCUGGCAGAGUUGACACCAUACGAAUCUUCCAUGUCUGAUAAGAGGACUCAACUUGAAAAACUUAAAGAAGUUGAAGAAAAGGCAAGAUGCGAUCGUCUUGAAGUCGAUACUUUGAAAGCAAAGGCAGCCGAAAUGCUGGCCAGUGGUCAGCAAAAUCAGGUAGCGUCUAAAGCUCAAGAGACACUUAACAAGUUUGACACUUUGUAUGAUAAAAUCAAAAAACUGUUAGCAGAUAGAGAAGAACACUAUAAAGAUCAUAGGUUGUAUAAGGAAGCGCAUGACGAGCUGAUCCAGUGGCUGAGUAGAGCAAGAGAAAAGGUUCCAUCAUUGAAAUCUAAGCCUUUAAGUGAUAAAUUGGCGAUUGAGAACUCGGUUGCCCCUCUAGAUGCUUUAAUUAAUAAACAAGCUCAAGGGGAACUACUGUUGGAACAUUUACAACACACAGGCGAAGUAUUGUUAGCAAGCACUUCUCCAGAAGGACAAACAGUAAUCAAAAAUGAAAUGAAAGCUUUGAAAGAAAGCUUCGAUGACUUAUUUAAUGAAAUUAAGCGACAAAAGAGUCAACUGGAAGAUACUGUGAAUCAGUGGCGUGAAUACAAGGACGAAUAUGAGAGAUUGUCUGAUUGGUUGCAACAGAAGGAAAUCCACAUCAAGAACCACAAACUUGCACUGCUAGGCACAGCCAAAGAAAAGGGCGCCCAAGUGAAUGAAGUGAAAGCGAUUGUGGAUCAGCUGAACAAGGGAAAAGCUGACAUCGAUAAAUUUAAUGCUUCUGCUGCAGGCUUACUAUCAUCGCAUUUAGAUACUUAUGUAAAUAAUCAAUUGAGACAUCUUAACUCCAGAUACCAAGUAUUAGUGAACAUGGCAAAUGAUGUACUCAAGAAAGUUGAAACUAACUAUGAACAACAUCAAAACUAUGACGAUAAUUAUGUCAAGACCAAAAAAUGGAUUGAUGAUGCUUGGGAAAUCACACGAAGCGGGAGUGACACUGGUAGCAACAGCAGUAAAGACGCUCUGCAGAAACGCUUAGAACAAAUUGAAGAUCUGUUAAAACGAAGAGAAGAAGGCCAGAAUUUAGUACAUGCAACUGUAAACAGUGGAGAAAAGGUGUUACGUAACACAAGAUCCGAUGGUAAAGACAAGAUCAAUACACAAUUAAAAGAACUUCAAAAUGAAUGGGACCGUCUUGUUAAGAAAAUGACUACAGCUAAAGUUCACCUCGAGACUGCAAUGCUCCAAUGGGCUGACUACAGUUCCAGCUAUUCUCAACUGCAGCAAUGGAUUUCCGACAGGGAAGCUAAAUUACAAGAAGUGUGUGAGCAAAAAGUCGCCAAGUCCAAGAAAGGCCAAGACCGUCUUGCAGGUCUUACUGCUGGGCUUAGUAUCGGCGAAAGAAAAGCCACGCUUCGUCAAACUAACAAUAUUGUUCAAGAUAUCGUUUCGUUUGAGCCCAUGAUUCAGUCCGUAACUUCUAAGGCUUCAGAACUUAUGCAACAGGCUCCAGCGUCUGAGAUAACCAGCAAGUAUGAAACGCUUACCAAACAAGCUAAAGACUUAUAUGAAAAACAGAAAGAAACUGUCGAACAACAUCAAGCUUUUAUCGAUGCUGGUUCAGACUUUGUCCAAUGGAUUAGAGCUGCUAAGGAAAGGUUAGGAAAGUGUUCUGAUGCUACCGGAGAUAAGGAAUCAUUAAGCAGCAAGAUAUCGCAACUCAAAGUAUUGGAAAGCGAGCUGCCUCAAGGCCAGGCAAAACUACAGAAAGCUCUAGAGCAGGGUGAGAUAUCUUGUGGGCUAGCUGAUGAUGAAGACAGAGAGGAAAUAGAAGAAGAAGUGGCGCUAAUGCAGGAAGAAUACGAUACAUAUGUUGAACAGCUAAAUAAUACUAAAGCAUUAAUAGAAGGAGGUAUCGUAAAAUGGACAGAAUACGAAGAGCAGUACAAGGAAGCCUUAGACUGGUUGUCAAAGACUGAGAAAUUAGUACAAUCGUUCAAUAAACUGCAGAACAACCUGGAACAGAAGAAAGUUGUUCUUGAAGAGUUCCAGGGGCACCUUCAAACACUAUUCGACUGGCAAAUUGAGUUGGAUAAGCUUAACGUGCGCGCUCAAACCUUGUUGGAGACGUGUUCAGACACUAGGGUCUCCAAUGGCAUCACCCAGCUCACCACCAAGUACAACGCCUUACUGUCACUUGCAAAGGAAGUGAUGAAGCGACUUGAAGUACAUUACCAGGAACAUCAACAACAUAAUGCGCUUUAUGGUGAAUGUCAAGAUUGGCUGGACAGAACCAGAGAAAAACUCAAUCAAUGCGCUGAAAUACCGCACACGUUGAGUGAGGUUAACAGCAAACUUAACACUGUAAAACUUUUACGCCAAUCUCUGGAACAGGGUCAAAACAAGUUGAGGUACCUUCUUGAGUUAAAGGAGAAAGUCAUGAUGAACACUGAACAGGCUGGUGCGGCCAAGAUUCAAGAAGAUACUGACAAUUUGAAACAAGAAUUUGAUAAGCUUAUCAAUGAUCUUCAAGAUGUGAGGAACAAGUUGACAAGCAGAGCUUCCCAGUUUGAUGAUAUAUCCAAGAUUCACAAGUUGCUAGUAGAAUGGCUAGAUGAUAUUGACCAAAAAAUACAAUCGGAUGAUUCACUUCUCAAUGAUUUGUCAGAAAAGAAAGCAAAACUGGAAAAAUUCAAGACAUUCAACCGAGACAUAGAGUCUCAUAGCGAUCUGGUGAAGAGGUUGAAAGAAAAGCUGCAAGAAGAUGCCUCACUGAAAUCCAAAGAAAUCGAAGAUUCUUUAAAGCGUUACGAAGACAUAAAGAAGACGGUUAGCGAUAUGAUUUCUAAAUUGGAGGACUAUGUGAACUCCCACAUUCAAUACAAAGAGUCAUACGACAACUUCUACGAUUGGAUACGCAACUGCAAAAUGGAAAUUCAGCAAUGCUCUGACUCUCACGGAGAAAAGGAAGAAGUACAGAAGAAACUUCAAAACGUUAACAAUAUCAUCGGGUCCUUACCUAAAGGGGAAGCCCUUCUCAAGAAAGCUGUGGAACUUAGUGAUGCUGUACUGAAAACAACUGGAAAUGAGGGCAAAGAUAACAUCAAUCAGGAAAUUAAACAAUUAAAGAUCGAAUGGGAGAACUUGCAGCAGAUUUGCAAAGACACUAAGAAGUUACUGGAAAAGUGUCUGUCUGCGUGGUCAGAUUACUUGGAGACUUUCGAUAAGAUGAGCAAGUGGGUGAAAGAGUUCGAUGAUAAACUUAAAUCAGUUCAAAAGAUUGACAAGAUCACUCCUGAACAUCUUGAUAAGUGCCGAGAACUUCUAGCAGAAGCCUUAGGACAUAAACAUGUUUUGGAAGAACUUAACGAUAGGUGCGAAAAUCUCAUGGAGCUCAGCGCCUGCGCUUGGGUUCGUGACAAGACCGUAAACCUGCAGACUGAGUACACAACUCUGUUGACCAAAAUACAAAGUCUAGUGUCAAAUGGCGAGAAGAACUUGUCAGACCAUACAGAAUUCAUUAAGGCUAAAGACGAAUUGCAGCAGUGGUUGGAAACUGCACAUGGAACCGUACAUGAUUCUAUUGGUGUUGGUGACAUAGAUACCACUAAAGAUAAAUUGGAAACUGUCAAACUUGUACAUAACCGUAUGACUGAAGGACACCAUCUCCUAGUCGUGUUACAAGAAGCAUUCAAGAAAGCGCUGAACAACACCCCACCUGAAGAACAAGACGGUCUCCGCAAUGAUGUCAAAGUCCUGCAAGAGAGCUGGGAUCAGUUGAAGAUAGAUUUGAACUCUAUCACGGCUCAGCUUAAGGCUGCUAUUGGCAAAUGGGAGGACUUCGAGGAAUCCAAUAACAAAAUGAAUCAAUGGAUUAAUGAAACUCAGCAAAACUUAGAUAAAGUCCCGCCUACAGGUGGCGAGCUUGGUGAAAUGAAGACUUUGUUAGAAAAAUACAAACAUAUCGAGGAUGAAAUCAAUAACAAGAAACCCGAACUGGAAAGAAUAAAGAGUGAAGCUGCAGAGCUCAGUAGCUGGGCUAAGAAACCUGCAGCUAAAGAAUCUGUCACCGAGCUGGAGAAAAAGUGCAACGCUUUGAAAGCCAAAUGCGCAGCACGCAAGGCCGAGUUGGAAUCUGAAAUUAAGGACUAUAAUCAGUAUCAUCAAUCACUGCAAGACACUGAAAAAUGGUUGCUGCAGAUUUCAUUCCAACUGAUGGCACAUAACUCCUUAUACAUCGCAAAUCGGGAGCAAACAGAGGAACAGCUAGCCCAGCAUGCUGUCCUGUUAGACGACAUCCAAAAGUAUCGCACGACGCUUGACGAUUUAGAAGGAAAAGGACGAGCGCAAAUCGAGCGUUAUGAAGCUAGCACUCCUAAUAUUCGUGAUACUGUUGGGAAACAGUUGAAAAACGUGAAUGACAGCCAUAAGUCUCUGCUCGCGACCGCUUUGCAGAUCGAGCGUCGUCUUAGAGAAGGUCUCGCUAAAUUCAAGGAAUAUGAAGACACGUUGGAAAGUAUUCUAAAUAAUUUGGACGACUGUGAACCAGCUAUUACAGAAUUAGACGUCCCUGUCGACGGAUUAUCCCACGGCCGGGACUUGCUAGACAAAGCUAGGGCUCUGCACAACCGCCUCCAGACGGAGAAGAGCCGGCUGUCGGCGGCCGUGGCGGCGUGCUCGGCGGCGGCGGCGUCCGUGUCGCGUCCCUCGUCGCCCGCUGACUCGGCGCCGCUGCCCAUCCCGCCACGCGAGCUACACGUGCGCGCAAGACUCGAAGACCUAAUCGACCAGACUCAUGUGGCCGAUCUAUCCGCGCCGAACCGUAUCGAUGAAUUACUAAAGAAUGUAGAAGAGCCGGAGUUCGCCGAAAAGCUUGUGGCUUUCGAACAAAAGGUACAAAGCCACCUGGAGACGUUGGCCGAUGCCGUCCAAGGCAUGGAGGAAGCCAUGAAGCAGGUGCUCGAGAUCCAAGAUUGGAUAAAUGUGCACAAGGCGCUGGCCCGCGAUUGGCUGGCCAACCCCUCCAAGCUCCGCCCCGAGGCUGCCAAGCAGGACAUGGCGGCGAUGAACGAUGCGCUGGCGUCGUUGAGCGAGAAGAGAAACAGGCUGCUCACUGAAAUACCAACUGAAGGCUUGGAAGAUGAAAUUAAUCUAGAAGAAGAACUAGACGAACUAGAAGACGCGAUUCUUGAAGCCAUUGCAAGGGAAAAGGACAAUCAGGGCAUUAUCGACGAUUAUCGCAACAAAUGCCAGGAUAUCCACGACUGGUUCGAUUCGGUGCUUAAGAAAAUGUGCUUAGCAGACAAAGGUUCCGGCCUUCCCUGUCCUCAGAAGUUAAGCGCUUUGAAGGAACUUGUAACUGAGUUUGAAAAGUCAGGGAAGGAAAAGGUUGAUGGUAUCAAAGCGGUCGGUUCACAAGUUAUCAACAUUGUUAGUAAUCUGGAAAGCCAACAAGUUGAGGAGCAGAUGAAGUCUGUUGAAAGACGAUACAAUGACAUCGCCAAACGCAUCCAACGUAAGCUCCAAAUGCUCGAAAUUACCUACAAGGCUAUCGAUGGCACGAAGAGUGAAGUAAACGCUCAAAAUGAUUGGAUGCAAAAGGAGAUUGACAAUAUGUUACAUCCAGAACCAUUGGGAUAUGAAAGUAAAUCUGUCAAAGAGAGACAAAAGAAGGUUGCCAAUUUAUUGAAAGAGGCUGAUGGUAAAAAGACCAUAAUCGAUUCUUUAGAAAAGAAGGUAAGCAACAUUCAGUCUGAUCUGGAACCAUCCGAACAGACACAACUAGAAUCAGAAUUGGCUGAACUAUCUUCCAAGCAGAAACAACUAGCAACACUUAUUAAACAAGAAAUAGAAAGACUAGGCCCAUGCCACGAAGAUAGAAGAAAACUUGAAAAUGAUAUAGAAAAAGCUAAAAAUUGGCUUAAGACUAAACUUGCAGAGAUAAAGAAACUUGGUGGUCCAGUGCCACUUGAAACAGCUAAGGUAGAAAAAGAGAUUGCUGUUCAUAAAAAACAUCAAGGUGAGUUGUCUGAUUUCAAUAAUGACACACUGAGUGAAGUCAUACGUCAAGGUAAUGCCGUAUCCAAAGACUGUUCUCCCGAAGAUCGUGUUAAAUUACAAGCAAUUUUAGAUGACUUAAAUAAAUCAUACACAUCUGCUAAGGUAGACAUUGACGAUAAAUUAGCAGCAUUAAACAAACUUAUGCAUGGUAGAAACGAGUUUGAAUCUGAAUUGGCUAAAUGUCAAAGCUGGCUGAAUGAGGCAGAAGUAGCAGCAAAUCCUGAACUUAGAACUUCAAGCCUACAACUAUUAGAAGAACAAUUAGCCAAGUUCGAGAAACUCAGUAAAGAAGCAGAAGAUGUUGAAAAGAAUAUUGGAAAGAUCAAGGAUAAAUCUAAGGAUAUUUUGGACACUCUAUCAGACUCAAAUAAAUUACAGCUAAAAGAACAAGUAAAUGUGUUGUCAGAUAGAUUUGCGAGAAUUAAUGCUAUAAUUAAUGAUAAAAAGAAUAUUCUACACAAACAUAUCAAAGAUUACAAAGAUAUUGCUGCUAAGAUUGCUGCAGCUCUGGAAUUCUUGGCUGAAAUCCAGAACAAACUUAAAGCUUUAAACAAACCAAUCGGAAGCAAAGUUGAAGAUGUUCAACCAAUUAUCCAGGCUUAUGAGUCAAUCUUAGCUGAUCUCAAAAAGAAUAAGGGAAUGUUGAAUGAGUUACAAGGUGGUAACCUGCACGACCUACAGGACAUUUUAACUCAACAAGAUGAUUUGAUGGGCACUAUUGAAGAUCAAAUAUCAAAAUUGAAAGUACUUUUAUUGUUACGAGAACAAUUCUUUGCCCUUAUCAAAGAAAUUAAUGAGUUUAUUGCCAAGUACACUGAUCUCACAUCUGAAAUCGAAAGAUCGAAUGAUUCGUUAGAAGACAAGAUCAAACGAUAUGACGAUAUCAUUGUAAAGAUUCAAGGAUGUGAAGCUUUGUUAGCAACAGCAACUGAUAAAGGUCAACAAAUUGCUGCUGAAGGCACUGUUAUUGAUAGAAAUAAUAUUACAGAACUUUUGCAGUCUCUCAAACAACAGUUGCUAACUUUGAGAAGGAAUGUAGAAUCGAAGCGGCAAGAACACGAAAGAGCAGCUGCUGAACACAAGAAACUGGCAUCUGAUCUGUCUGACAUUUUAGACUGGCUUCAUGACAACGAAGCCGCUGUGCAUUCACGACCUCUACUUAACAGAGACGUGGCCAGCGUAGACAAAAAACUUGCAGAACACGUAAAUCUAGCAAAGAAUAUCCAAACUUAUCUAGACAAGCUCACUAAAAUUACUGACACCAUCAAAACCGACGACGGCGUCCCCGGUUCAUUAUUAGAAAUGGUAUCAGAAGCAAACUCUUUGAAAACAUCGUUACCUGCUGAGCUGGCCAAUCGUGAGAAAUAUCUUCAAGAUAACAAGAAAUAUAGGCAGCAAUAUUUACAAUUGGUCGAGAAACUAAACAUCUGGAUAAACGAAGCAGCUAUUCGUCUAGAUAUGGGCAAAAACGGCACUGAUUUCGAGAAUAUUGAAUCAGAUUUAGAAGAACACAAAUCAUUCUUUAACGCUUCGGAGCCGGAAAUGAAAGACUUAAUAGGAAAGCGUAUGCAAGACAUUGUCGACAAAAUAUGGCCGUCGUUGGCGGCGACGGAACAAGAAGAGCUAUCAAAAGAACACCAAAAACAUAAUCAACUAUUGAAGAAUACUCUGAACUCCGCUAAGAGUCGACAGGCUCAGUUAGAGCAGGACUUGGAGAUUUGGAAGGACUUCUGUCAGUUAGUGGAUAAAAUCAAGGCAAUGUUGGAUAAGAACGAUAUUCAGGACGAGGCCGUGACAACGGUGGACGCGCUGAGACUUCAUCUUGAAAAGCUGAAUCACGCCAGAAAUGAUCUUGAGAACCAGCAGCCGCUCUUGGACGUUGUCCGGGAGCGUGCGCGCGAGCUCUGCUCCGGCGCGGACGCCGCCAGCGGCGAGCGCGUCGAGCAGCGCACGCGCGAACUGGCCGACCGGUGGAACGUCUCCUGUGAAGGUCUCGCUAAGCGCGCUGCGACAGCUGAGAACCAGCUCCAACGCUGGAGUCAGCUCUUGGAAGUGCAGCGGAGCUUGGCAGCGGGCGUGACCGCGGCAUCCGACCGGUUGCGGCAGCUCGACUUAAGCCCCAGCACGAGGCGGAAGGCUGUGGACACGAGACAUGCGUUACAGGAGCUACAAAGUGAAGUGGCAGGGCUCGAGGACACUAGGGACGAGCUAUUGGAACACGCGGACUUUGUCGUGGCGUUGCUGAAGCCACACUCGAAGGAAGCGGCCGAGGACACCGACAGAUCUGUCAAGGAGCUCGUAGACACUUAUGAGAAAUUGCGACAGACUCUAGCGGCGAAGCUCGCCGAAAUCGACGAAGUAGUGUCCGAAUUCGACCGCGUGUCCGAGAAGAUAGACGCCUUCCGACAGCGAAUAGAAGUGUGCAUCGCGAAGGUCAAGACUUUCUACGCGUUCGGAGAAGACGACGAGAGUGGACUCCGCUCUCUGACCAAGGAAGUCUCCGAUCUCGCGGAGGCCACGAAGAGUUUUACGGACGAGAGCAGAAAGCGCUACGGCGGCUCCGCCCCUGCGGACGUUUCGCAGGAGCUGUCCUCUCUCGAGCUGUCUGCAGAAGCGCUGACUGCGGCCAUGGAGGAGAAGGAGCGGGAAUGGAAGCGUGCGCGCACGGCGCGCUCCGAGUACACGGCUGACGUCGAGGACGUCCAGGCCUGGGUCCGUGCCGCCGAGCUCACGGCUCGCGACCGCGCGCUGCCGCCCGAGCCCUACCGCGAGCGCCUAGUGGCCACUCGCGCCGAAGUGCCAAGUGUCACAGACCGUAUGGAGCGGCUGACGCGCAAUGCGCGCGCUAUCGUAGAGGGUUCUCGCGACGCCGCCGAGCGGCAGCUGGUGUCGUCGACGGUGAGCGCGCUGGCCGAGCAGCUCGCGGCGGUCACCAGCGAGCUGGAGGCGCGACAGGCGGCGGUCGAGGACGCUUGCGACGCGGUGGCCCGCGUCCUGGCGCUACUCGAGCGCGUCCUGCUGUGGGUCGAGACGCAGCGCGCCUUCCUCGCGCGCCCGCUGCCCCUCGCUGACCUCGCUGAGGCUCAACAAAAACAGACUGAAUAUGGAAAUGCACUCAAGAGUUGUAAACAGCAAACAAAGAAUUUAGCAGAUAUGACUAAGGAAAUAGAAGCCAUUGAACGCGUCACGAGUUCAGGGGAUUUGCCCGGUAGACUUGAGGCGGCGGAAAAUGCAACCAUAGACGUUGAAAAGCGAUUAGCAAAGACCAAUGGUUUAUUACAAGAACUUGCGGAAGAAUGGGAGAGAUGCGAAAAGAAGCUUAAAGAUGUCGGCCACUGGUUGGAAGCUACGACGCGAGCGCUCGAAGCGCCACAGAAUGCUAAGAAACCCCUGAGGGACCGGCUGGCACUCAGAGAGAAACUUAUAAACGACAUCUCCACACAGAAAACGAAGAUUUCGUACGCCGUUGAGAAACUCAACGUACACUUCGGACCGGACGGCGUGGCGGCGCAGUCGGCGGGCCCGGAGGGCGUGACGGAAGCGGCGCGCGCGCUCAACAGCUCCCUGGACGCGCUGGGCGCCAGCACCAGCACGCAGGCGGCGGCGCUGUCCGCGGCGCUGCAGCAGGUGGAGGCGUACUGCGCCGACGUGGCGCGGCUGCGCGCGCAACUGCUCGAUGCCGAGCAGCAGCUGCGGCACGCGGCGCAGCCUAACUACAGCCCACGCGACCCCGAGCGCGCGCAGAGACAACAACAGGAGGUCACCCGGCGUAUCGAUGAGCUGACUCGGGCUAUCUACGGCCUGGACCCGUACUUCGUGAUGUCCGCGAUGCCCGCGGACGAGGCGGCGCGCACGCUGGCCGCGCUCGUGGCCUCCGCCGACAGCGCCCGCGCGCGGCGCGCGCGCUCGCCCGACCGCCGCGCCCGCGCCCUGGCCGUGCCCGAGCCGCCGCGCGGCCGCAGCCCCGCCUGGGUGCUCGGAGGGACCACCUACGCUGAGAUAGUCCGCGGACAGGGCUCCAGAUCCAGCUCCGUCUGUUCCCAGAGAAACCCGAGCACCCAGAGGCACUAUGAGAUACUUAAUGUCGAAGAACCCCGCAUCGGUUCCUCCGCAUCUCACGGCGAAUACAGUGAAAUAAGUGCACGGUGUGAACAUACAGAAUACGAUAGUGCUCGGUCCAGUGAGACCCGCGUGUAUGAAUGUGAAAGUGAACCUGUUAGGGUAGAAAUUUGUCGGGACGAAUUUGUACCAUAUACUGAGGAAGACUUUCAUGUAAACAAAACUAUGGACUAUAAGGUUCAGGAACCCGUUCAUGUGGCACAGGUUGUGGAAACCGUGGAGGAACUCCCGGUGCCAUCUUUAGAAAUAAUUCAGCCUGACUAUCAGGAAAAGGAGCGCAGUCCUGAUAGUCGAAGUCGAUCUCAGGAGUUAUCUUAUGCGGAAAUUCUAGCUCUAGGAUUACGUAGACAACCUAAAACACAAACAAUUGUAUCUCUUCCGAAACCACAGGUCGCGCAAGUUGAUAUAGUAACGGAUGUUACAAAAGAUGUGGAAACUCGGAUAAUCCAAAAAGACCGUAUUGAUAAUUUGAAGCUGAAACCAGAGAAGCCAGAGCGAUCGCAACGUAGCCGCUCCAGGGACAUGCCGAGACAAAGGCGAGCUCCCGAAAAAAGGCAGACUAAAGCUCACGAGACUCAAGUGCAGAAAAAGAAAAAAGCCAGUAAAAAAGUAAUAGAAGUUGAUGACUUUGAUGACGCUGAUAAUGAUGACAUGCCAACCUCCGUUGAAAUUAAAGUAGAAAAACCGGAGGGUUUAAGAAAAGAAGUCACUAAAAAAGUGCAACACAGCGCCACUGUUGUGGAAACUGUUACUGAAGUGGUUUUAACUGAAGUUGUGCAAGAAGAACCUAUUGAUAUUGAGCAUAAAAAAAUAAAAAAGAAGAAGCCAAAGAAAUACAAGAUUGAUGAGGAUGAAAUUGAAAAAGCGCUUAAGGAAAUCGAAAGUCUUGAUAAACACAAAAAAAAGAAAAUAAAGGAUCUUCAUGAAAAGACCGAACCUGAAUUUUCGUUUGAAAAUCAAGUUAUCAAGGACAAAACUCUUGAAAUUCAAGUUUUACCGCAAGAGGGUUCGACAGAAAAGCCCAAGUCUAAGAAGAAUAAGCACAGAGUUAUGGUCACAGAUUUUAUAACUAUAGAAUCACAGAUAAAAGAACCAGAACCAGUAAUGCAACAUCAAAAGAUAACUGAAACGCUAGAAAAGAAUAAAGUAGUAACUGAUAUCUCAGACAAGACUAACCAGCAAGUCAAGAAUGAACCAGAAAACAAAAAGUCUAAAAAUAAAAAGAAGAAACUCAAGGAAGAAACACACAAUGAACAAUCACAGACUGUUGACAAUACUUUCAAUGUCUCGCAUUUGGAAGAUACAAAAAAUAUAACUGAGACUGUAUCGAAGGGUGAUAUAUUUGAUAUUAGUGAUUCUAAUGAAAGUGGUGCUAAAUACGAGAAGCCGACUAAAAAGUUGCACGGUGCAGAAACAUCAUCAUUUGAAAUGUCUAGUGACUUGGAAAUAACAUUAUUAACAACCGAAACAUCGCCGGCUAGUGAAUUUGUAGACAGUUCAGAAAUAAAAGAUAAAUAUAUAGAGCAAUCAUCUUUUAAUGAAACGAUACGCGACCAAGAACAUAUGUCUGAAAAAAAUACUAAAGCAAAGGUUGCUGAAGUGGAAAUCCCCAAAGAGAAAUCUAAGAAAAAGAAAGAGAAAAAAGGUAGUUCUAAAACUCAAGAUCAAGCUCUAAACUUGACAGAAAUGAAAACUAGAACUGAUUUCGAAACGCAUAUUGAAACAGCCAUCCAAGAUAAUACCCGAGAAGGGUCAAAUAUCCCUACAAAAAUAGAUGAUCAUAUAUCUCAAAAUAAAACAGUUAAGAGUGAAUCUUCUGAAAUAGUAGACGUGAUUCUUGAAAUAGGACAAGUUAAAAAGGAAAAGGAACAAACAGGACACGAUAGUGAAAUAUGCAGUCUAAACCGGGAGAAUCCAGAAACAGUUAUCAAUGAAGCUACUCCAAUUCAGCAAGAGGAGACAAAUAAAUCUGCCAAGGGUAAAUCCAAGUCUAAGAAGACAAAACAUUUAGAUAAUGAACCAGAAAAAGUUUCUGAAACAAAAAAUUUAGAAGUUUUGGAUGAAACUGACAACACUAUGGAGAAACAAACCACAACCGGUAAACAUAUUGCUAGCUCAGGUACUAAAGGCAAGUCAAAAAGUAAAAGAUCUAAGCAAGUGGAAAACCCGACUGAGACCCAAGUUUUGAUAGAAAAUGAAGACAAGCCCAUUGGACAAACUGAUGAAGAGCAGUUCGAAGUAGUGAAGAGCCAUAAAAAGAAACCUAAAUCUAAAAAGCCGAAAGUAGUAGACGAUGAAAUAGAACGAGCUUUGAAAGAGAUUGAAGAGUCACAGGCAUCAAAGAAAAAAGAAAAGUUUGCUGAAAAAAUACCAAAGAAAAAUCAACGUUCUGAGACAGAAUCUCGCAAGACUGAAUGCAAUGUAGAUAUUAUGCAUGAAGUAUCCGAAGUAAAAGAAAACCUUAUUACAAUGGAUUGGAAUACUCUGAUGGCUGAGGAAGAAUCAGUUCCUCUAGAAAUUAUCAAACAACCAGAAAUACUAGAAACAACUCGACAGGUAGCCACUGAAGUGACUAUACUUGAUUCUAACGCUAUACUGAAGGAAGAUUUUAAAAAUAUUUCUAGAGAUAAUAUACAUGAUGUCAGUUCCGAAAGUACUUCUAACGAAACGAAGUUACCCAAAGAUUCGGUUAUUACUAUAGUUGACAUUAAAAAUAAAGAACAAGAAACGGCAUCAAAUCCUGCCAGCGAACAAAAUAAUAACGAUAAAAAUUUCAAUACAGAAUCUCUUAAAGAUACUGUAUUAGUUGAAGAAACUACUAUCGAACCAGUAAUUGAAGAUGUAAAGACUACAACGAUAUACCUCAUAACUCACGAAGAAAAGAAACUACCUCCCAUCAGGACAGUCAAAGUGUUUAGCAGUAAAAGCAAUUCUUUGGAAGAAUCGGAAAAUAUUGAAGAAUCAACUGCAAGUGCAAUCACUGAUAAUCAAGAUAAUUAUGAUAAAAUCACUACUGAAGAGGAGAGAGCCGAAACAGAACGACUAGUAGGGCAAAAUGUCCAUGAUUUAAGUAUAACGCAAGAUAGACCAGAUAUUGUCGUCAGUAACAUAACAAGUAGCUAUACACAAGCCACAGCGGAAAAUAUUGACAUACACACUAUUUCGAAAGAGAUUGACAAGUCUUCCGUAAAGACAUUUGAAGAAGCCGACUCUUCUAAUAUCGCUAAUAGUAACAGCAGUGUAGAUAUUUUGAUAAAGGACUUCCAAGAACCCCAUCUAGAAAAAGCUGAUAAAUCGCUACCUUCCGGUCAUGUACCAGAAACUUCAGCCAAUGCAAUUACAAAAACCGAGGUCGUAACUGUUUCUGAAUUUCAAACUAACGUCAAACGCGAAGAAACCAAUAAGGCCGACUACAAAGAGAUACACAAAGCUGACUCUUUAGAAACGGGACACGAGAUAACCGUUUCUGAAGUAGCAGCAGAAGAUCAAAAUACAAAUGAGGUCGAAGAAGCCAUAUUUGGUUCGGUAAAACACCGUAAUAAAACUGUUAAAAAUGAAAUUCAAAACUCUUCUAUUCCUUAUGAGGCACUUGAAGAGAUCAAAACCUAUUCAUUAGAGUUAGAUUUUGAUCAGAUAGAUUAUAAUUAUUAUCAGUAUGUACUUAAAGAACAUGAAGAUAAAGAAAAAAUGGCUGAAGUUAAUUUAUUGACUGCACCAGAAGUAGUCAAGAACAUAGUACCGAAAGAAUCAAGUAAAUCAGUCGAAACUACUGACAUUUGUACAGAAGUCCUGCGUCAGCUCAGAGAAGAAACUCCUAAGUAUAGUUAUCAUGAGAUUAAUGCUGCCGAAGCCUUGCUGGCUUCCCUCCCUACUGGAACAACUCUGCAAUCUAUACCAACUAAAGAAAACAAGACCGUCAUUGAACCAGAAAAUGAAACAUUAUUAAAUUUACAAACGGUUGCCGAACCUACUGUUUCAAAUGAUAACAACGAAGUUACAAGUAUCGAAAACUUGGGUGCUCAAGAACCGUAUCCGCAUGUGGAUGCUCUUAAGUACCUUAGUCACGAAGUGCGUCCGCAAAGUUAUCACGAACUUGUGGAUGCGGAAAGUAUAUAUGCGUUGACUAAAGAAUGUCGUCAAUCUCCUGCUAAGCAGGUAACCUUCGAAGAAUUGCCUAAGCAUACCCCUGAUGUUGAAACAUUCGAAAAAUUGACGUUGUCUGAAGCCCAAUCUACAAACGUAUCAAUUAAAGAAGACGCCAAAGAACUGACCCCGAGUUUAAUGAAUAUAGUCUGUGAACAAACACGCCACAACUACCAUGAAAUUAAAGACGCUGAAUACUUAUUAGCUAUCGCGAGGACUGUUGAAGAUGGUAAACAAGUUGCGUCUACUAAUAAUGUGGAAUCCAUCAAAAUACAAGAGAAAACAGUUUCAACAAAUGAUGAAGAACUCAUCGAAACACCUUCAGAUGAAGACAAAUAUAUUGAUGCUGCAAUUUCCGAAACAAGUUUAGAGCAUGUUCAAUCUGUGCCUGUGACCAAUGGACUGAAAGAAGUAACCACUGCGACCAACCGUCAAAUAAAUAUAAAUAAAUUACGUUUCCAUGAAUUGCCUAGAUUUAAUUAUCAAGACAUCUAUGACGCGGAAAAAUUAUAUGCGAUUGUAACAACAAGCCGUUGUCAUGAAGAAAUCGCUGGAGCAGACAUAAUUCAAUCGCAGGAACGUAGUCGCGUUAAUACACAGACGUCGGACGAGAUAGUCCCAAAUAUGGAUGAAAGUUUUAUAAUAUUAAAAGAAAAAGAUAAUGUAAUAAUACCAGAAAAAGAAAUAAAAGCCGAUGAAAUAAUAAAUGAAGUUACCAAUUUAAUUGACGAUGCAAUUGAUAAUUCUGCCAAAGAUACAGAAGCUAGACCUGCGGGCAGCUUGGGUUUAGUUUUAGACUCAUUGCGAUAUAGUUAUCAUGAAAUUCAAGAUGCAGAACAGAAACUGGCUGUUCUUAUCACUGAAAAAGAAAAUAAAACCUUAGCGGAAAUCCUAGAAGAUGAUAGUACCAUACAAACAAUCGAAAUUCAAGCUGAAAAAGCAAAUAAGCAAGAUCUUUCUGGAGCCGAGUCAAAGGCUGCAGAACCUCAAAGCUCUACGUCUACCAUAUCAGAUACUACUGAGUCUUGUCUUCCAAAUAAAGAUGCACCAUUUGAUAAAAAUGACGAAGAAAAGCAAUCCGACUAUAUAAUACCUGAAGAAGAACUGAAGCAUACCUUAGUUUCUAUGAUAUUUAAAGAUAAAACAUUUGUUGAAAAUUCUUUAAAAGCUGCAGAAGCGAUGAAAGUUAGUGACAUUGAAGGUGUUUCUCAAACGAUUAUCGAACGUGAUAGUAGUGAUAUCAGAUCAAGCGACGUCGCUGAAAAAGACGAUACUUGCAAUGCAGACGAGGAAAUUGAUGAUGAAUUAGAUUUCGUCAUAGUAAGCAACAACGAUGUGAUUCAAGAAAAACCUUUAGAUUCAACAAUUAACAUUAUUCAUACCAUUGAUGAACCAGUGUGCACCGGUAUUUCUCAAGUCGGUACUAUUAUAACAUCCAACCUGAGUGAGAAACCUGCCGAAAAACCAUCGUUAGAACAUGUACCUACGAUAAUCGAAGAAGGCAAUCUAGAAGUAGUAAAUACACCACCAUGCACGUUUAACUAUUCUCGUGAGUUUAUUCAACGUGGAAUACAAUCAGCCUUCGAUGAUGCAACUGAAAAAUGUACUGAAGCUGAUACGCAAUCUGUUACUACGGACCAAAGUGUUCUCAAAUCUAUAGAUUCAGACAUUUCUGUUCAAUUAGACCAAAAUAUUAUAUCACAUAAGGGUACUGACAUUAAACCCGUUAUUCCGGAACUAAGUGAUUUCGUUAAUGUAACAAAAUCUAAAUCAACUACUGAACAAAUAGUUUUACCACAUCCAGAUUCCGAAAUUAGAACCGAAGUGAAAUCUCCCAUUCAUAGCUUGCAAGAUUUACUCCCUUCUAUAGACUCUAUUCCCGAAUUUAAACCUUCAUAUCCCGUAGUAAUUUCAAACUUAUCAGCUGAUGCUCCUGAGUUUACACCUUCUUACAUGUACAAAUCGGUAGAAUCAGCGUCAGAAAUAAUAACUCCUUUUGGUAUUGACCAACAAAAACAAUUUCCGGAAUUACAUGGAACUAGAGACAUAUCAUUUACUCCUGAAACAGACACUGAAGGGAAAACUUCUUAUUCAACCAUUUUACAGACUAAGAAGGAAAAAGAAUCUCUGUCUGGAAGGGACAUAUCAGACACUGCCGACAUACCAUCUAAGGAAACUCCGAAUGAAACUGAUAAAGUAACGGAAGAAGACUCGCAAGCUGUAUCUAAACGACACAAAAAGAAGAAAAAGAAGGAAGAUAAGCGAGAAAAAAUUGUUGAACAGCCUACGCAUUUUAAUACCGAAUUUAAAGAUGCUGAACCAAAAACCGUUACUGAACCGAUAAAUGUUUGGGCUAAAAGUAGUGAGGAUGGCAAAUCAUAUGCUGAAGUAGUGGCAGAAGGGUUGCAUGAAAAUAUAGACAGUAAUUUGACUAAACAACAAGAAUCACAGCUUACAUACGAAUAUCAUGUGAAGCAUGACGUGAAAUCCGGCGCACAAGAGGAAAUUAAAAUGACACCGGAUACACAGAUGGUAGACUCUAAUGAAAGUACUUGGGCAAAAAUAGUUGCGAUCCAUCAUUCUUCUCCUGAAAGAGUCGAAGAAGUACCGCACAAAGAAACUUUCAAAGAAAUUCUUGUACACAGACCACCACUGAUAUUAGUAGACGAAAGUAGUUCCGAAUGUAAACCUGAAGCACCUGUUGAUACAGAAGGUUUUAUCACUGUUGAGAAAAGGAGUCGCUCUAGGUCUAGAUCAAGAGAUAACAGGUCUCGAUCAAAAUCAAAUGUAACACUUUCGAAUGAAAAACGUGAAAAUUCUGAAAAUAGGUUUGAUGCUCUACCCAUUCUUAAACCAAUAGAACCAGCGGUCACUAGUCCUAAUGAAGAGGAAGAGACGAUUAUGGAGAAAGAUGAAGAUAAGAAAACAUUGGUGAAAGUUGAAAAACCUAAGAAAAAUAGAAGUCGGUCAGGAAAGUCUAAAGAAAAAGAAAUUAAUGUGCAAUCAACAAUAUCUGACGUCACUCAUACAUAUGUAGAAGAUGAACAGCCAAAGAAAGAUAAAAAGAAAAGGUCAAAUAAAUCCAAAGAUACCGUAAAAUCAGAAGAUAUAUCUAAACCUAAAGAAGAAGUCCAUGAAAAGUAUGUAGAGCCUAAAAAUGAAACGGAAGUAAAAUCACCUCAAUCAGAAGAAAUUGAAGAUAAAAAGAAAAAUAAGAAAAAGAAAAAAGAUAAACGGUCUUCACCUGUUAGGGAAUGCAUUAAAUCAAAACCUUUAGAGGAAAUAAAGGUGGAAGAAAAACCAAAACACAUCGUUGAUAAGUUAGUUACUCAAACUUCAAUGUCCAGCCCCGAAUCUAUUCACACACCUAUCAAAGACAGGUUUUAUAACGAAGCUCAAUACUGGAAAAAUGAUCCAAGUGGCAUAGAGGAAGUUCUUACCGUAGAAAUAAGUCCUACAAAAGAAAUAACUUCUAUUACUACUGAAACUAAAGACAUUCAAUCUGUUAAUACUCCUGAAAAAACAGGAACGGACAAUAUACAAAAACAUAAAACUGAGCAGACAAAAAUGAGCGUAGAAACUAGCAGCACAGAGACAAAAUUAACGGAAGAAUUGUCGCUUGAAAGUAAAAUGGCUGACUUGCAAAGAGAAAUUGAAGAAAUGCUAGAACCUGAAGAUUCUUCGCUAGUGAGCGAUGACACGCCAAAAGAAUUAAUUAGCUCUGCUAGUUCUGAAUCUCAAAAUGAUGUUAUAGAUAAUAUUACCCCUUUAUUAGCGUCUCCUGAAUCUGAGGCUGAGAUUGCAAUUACUGAAGAGGAGCCACCCCCAAAUUCUAAAGAUACAAAAUCUAAAGAAGAAGUAACACUUGGCGAAAAGCAUAUAAGCGUCAGCAUGAUCGAUGCAUUGCUAGAAGAUGAACCAGCAAAUAUAGAGCAUCCACAGGAUGAAAUCCAAACAAUUAGUAGUGAUUUCAUAGUCAAUAAGGAAUUUGAACAAGAUAAAGAGAAGGAAAAAGUAGUUGAAUCAAUCGAUGAACUUGAAAGUAUGACUGUGGAGAAAACUGUUCAAGAUAAUGUCAACAAUAGCGUAUCGGCUGAAAUGUUUGAAAAACCGCUAGAAGCUGUAGAAAUAACAGACCUUUCUAACCCUGCUCAUGACGUCAUUACUAACUUAUCUAAUAUAAAAGUAGACAAUUUCUGGGUGGAUAAAUCUGCGAUAAAUGACGCUGAAAAUCUCCUUAUCAAACAGAAUCAAAUUGAAACUCCAGAAGUUGUCUCACUUAAUAAAACUAAACGCGAUAGCCUACAAAAAAACAUAGUUAUUGAUAAUUCGUUUUGGAUCGAGAAACCUAUGUACCAUGACGCGGAAUGCCAAUAUUUUCUAUCAAUUGCUAAGAAAACAAAAACACUUCCUACUUCCAAAGUAGAAAUACAGGCAAAUGAUCAGAACGAUAAAGAUAAGGAUCCUAGCGGCAGUUCGGGCCAUACGUCCGAUGCGGACGAGACUAAAGACCCUUGUGGUUCACCUUUUGAUUCGAAUUAUAUUUCAAUGGAUUUGCCCGGCGGAAUAUGCAGUUGGAAAGACCAAAGUUCAUACUUGAGCGUAGAAACGCCAAUAGACUCUAUUAUUAGCGAUGACCGCUUAGGCGACAUCCAAGAGGAUAUACUAACAGCCCUACCCUUAGAACCAGUUCCUCCCCCACCCUCACAGGAGCCGGCGGCAGAGGCAGCCCGGAGGACACCUAAGGAUGACUUGUCUAAUGAUAUUGAAAGUCUACUAGAAGAAGUAAAGAAUGUACAAGCCCGCCUCUCGGAUCUGCCCGAUGAAAGUCUCGGAGCCAUGGAGGAAGGUCUGAGGGAGGGCAUUUCCGUUCUCAGCAAGUGUGAUGAGGCGGCGGAACUUCUGGAGAGUAAAAUGAUGGAGUAUCGACAAGAGGCUGAGAUCCAAAGCCUGAGCCGUGAAGUGGUAGUCAUCAGGGCCAGGAUAUCUAAAUUGCUGCUUCAGGCGAGGCAGGGACUUGAUAUCAUCGAGGUAAGAAAGGACGCUAAAGUAGAGGUGGCCCGUCAAGCCAAGGAAAUGGAAGACCAGAAAGUAAAGAUUGCUCAACUGGAUAAAUGGCUUGAAAGGAUAGACCAUGAACUGAAGGAGUCUACUAAGUCCGAAAUAUUAACCGAAGAAGAUAUUAUAAAAUAUAUUGAAAUCUACGAAAAAUACAUUAGGGAAUAUGAAGAGUACGAAGUUAUAUUAAAGUCUAUUACUAUAAUUGGUCUUGAUAAAUCUAGUCAGUCAGUGAAUGAAAAGCUUAAAGCUACGCAACAAUCGUUAGUGGAAACGAAGAAUCUAGUCAUUGUAGAGAUAGAACGGUUAAGGCAGGUAUUACUACAGAUGAGAUCUGUGGCUGAGGUGGUAGAAGAGGAUAUAUCUCAAACGGAUAGGACGAUCGACUCAACAUCUAUGCCUGAAGAAAUUGUUUCUCCUAGAGAAAGCGAAAUUGUUAAACAAGAAGUGAGUGAGGUCCCAAGUGAGAAGUCUAGUGAAAAGAAAUUGAGUGAGAAAAAAUCAAGUAAAAAGAAGUCUACUAAAAAAGGAGAGAAAGACAAAGUCGUUGUAACAGAAGAAAAACCAACUCACACGAUUGAGACCCAAACAGGGCAAAGUCUCAGAUCGGAAUCCCCGCCAGUUACAGAUAAAUCCAUCAUGUGUGAGCCAGAAAAGAAAACGACACAGGAUGCUUCCAUUACCUGUGCCCCACCAAUGGACGUUGAAAUCCAAACAAGUGAGCCACUCUCAGAGAAAAAAGAAAUCCUAGAGAAUAUUCAAGUAAGGCAAACUGUUACUGGUGGCCAUGAAAUAUUUGAAAUCGCUACUCGCCCUGUUGCUAGAAACCAGCAAAUUGAUGAGCAAUCAUUGCUUGUUGACGCUAAUUACAAAGAUGAUAGUCAAGGUAAAGAUUCACAUCUAAAUAUAACACACACCUUACCUCAGUCAUUUGAAACUGUCAUGGUCGAACCUGACGAAACGACGACUGAGGUAGUUGUUGAUGCAGAUGGUACUAAGAGAAUUAUUGUGAAAAAAGUGAGAAAGACUUUAGUAACUCGCCAACAAUUGGUUCACAGUCGCCGCCAAACCACACAAAUGAUCUCAGAUGGUACCCAAGAGCAAUCAUUUUCACAAAUAACUUUGAAAGAAGAUAAAGGAUCUACUUCGACAAUGCUAGGAGAUGGUGGCGUUCAAAGGGUUGAAUACCAAACCUAUGGUGGUCAAGUUGUAUCAGGAAUACCUGGAGGUGAAGUAACCAUCCAAGAAUUUUCCUCAAGGCCUGGAGUGGUUGUAAAAUUAGAAGAAUGCCUAAACCCUGAAGAAAUCUUACAGUUGGCGGAAACCGAAGGCCAGCAACAUAUCCAAACCUCGUCCUCUAGCGUCACUGCUGUCGUACAACAAGUUACCAAACGAAUAGUAAAAACGAAACGACGUAUAAUACGCAGAGUAGUAAUCAUAGACGGCAAAGAGCAUGUAACGGAGGAAGUGAUUGAGGAGCCUGAUGAUGUUGAAGUAUAUGAAGAGCAAAUACCAAGAGUUUCGAUUAGCGUCAAAGAUCAAGGUGGUGUGCAGUUUGAGGAAAUUGAUGACGCUGGUGAUGAUCAUAAAGAUGACAAAAGACCUCUAUCAGAUAUGAGCAAAGAUCCCAAAAAUACAGGAGAAACAAAACCUAAAUCUGGAGACAAACCCGACGAUCAACCCAAAGAUAAACCAGAUGAUAACAAAAAACCUCUAAAAGGUGAAAGUCCAGAAACAAAACAAACAAAAGAUGUACGUGAACUGUCCAGCGACUUUAUUCAAAUGGAAAGCCAAUCCCAUUCACAGUACACUGAGUCAAGCACAAUUACCAAACAUUCAAGAGAAUUAUCUCCAACACAGACAUUUACUAUAUCCGAAACCUAUGAAAUCGUUCCUGAAAAGACACAAAACCAAGAAAUCUAUCACAUCCAACCAGACGGAACCCACGCUACGCGUGUAAGUGAAAUCAGUAAGGCAAAAUCAGAUGAUCAUACACUUAAACAUCAACCGAAAGACAAAUCACUUGAUGAUGAUAAACCUCUUAAGGUCGACAGAUCAGAUAAAGACGUAAGUGCGUUGUCUAAAGACUUCAUCCAAAUGGAAAGUCAGCGUCAUUCACAAUAUGCAGAGUCUAGUACAACUACCAAACAGUCACAAAUGAGAGAAACAUCCCCUGUGGAGUCAGUAAUAUUUUCUCAAGCGGGAGAAAAUAUACCUGAAGUAGGAGACAUUCAAGAAACCUAUUACGUUCAGGAACCACAAGACCCUAGAUCCACGUUUAUAAGCGAAGGUUAUCAACAAUCAACGUUACAAACGGCGUCAUCAAACAUUGCUACAACUGUUCAAAAAGUAACAAGAAAAAUAACUAGAACUCGAAGACGUAUCAUAAAACAUAUACAAAUAAUUGAUGGCAAGGAGCACGUCACUGAAGAAAUCAUUGACGAACCUGAUGACGUUGAGAUUAUUGAAGAGGAACCUAAGGUGUCUACUCAUACAAUUCAAGAACAAGGAGUCAAGACAAAACGUAUUAAAAUAAUACGCCAGGUACAGAUCAUAGAUGGGAAAGAACAUAUUACAGAACAGAUUGUUGAAGAACCUGAUGAUGAAUUUAUUCCGGAAACAACUGUUAGCACUGAAAUCGAUGUUAGUAUCGAUAAACAUCCAUCGAUUGUUCCUGAAGGUAGGAUUGACAAAAAUACCCAAGAAUUACCUGUACCCUCAACUACAGAAUUACAUUCGUUGAUUGUAGACGUGACAAAGAAUUCAACAACUAGUGAUUUAAACACACAGUACUCGCAACCUGGAACUAAAGAAGUUGAUACAACUAAAGGAAUAGGUAAAGAUCAUGUCGAUUUGGAGGACCCAGUAAAGAAGGUAGCAGCCAUCGAACCAAUCGUUGAUAAAUCUAAUGAAGCUUCUGAAAAAGAAACCACAAAGGAAUCAUCCAGUCCUCUGCCAAGUCCUGCUAGGAAAUCGAAAUCAACGUCCCCAAGCAAGCGAGUGACAUUUGUUGACAAAUUGACUGAAAAGUCAAAUCCCGAAGACACAACUAAAGAUCAAGAAACAAAGUGGGAUGCAAUUGAACUAGAAAAAUCAUUGCAAUCUACUCAAAUCGUCACAGAUUUGACUUCUGCAAGGCAAAUUACGGAAACAGAAAUUGCUGGGUCUUCUGUAGACGAACAAAAUAAAUUUACAGAUGAUAUUUCUGCAAUAGAUGAAAGGGGCGUUGAAUUGCCGAAAACACAUCAAAUUAAGCCUAAUACCGAAAUUGAUAGAAAUAUUCAAGUAGAAGAGAUAACUACUCAAGAACAAAAAUCCGAAACUAUUCCAACUGCAAGCAUCGACUCUAAACUAGGUGCCACUCUAGACUUUAUUUCAAACGAAAGAGCGCACGCUUUACAUCCAGAGACAAAACAAGAUACUGAAAAAAGGACUACAUCUGAAACACCAAGCUUCUCUUAUGAUACUGUUUCCCCCCAGAAAUUAGAACCAUCUAAUGCUUUAGAAAUUCAGUUGCCAAGUGAAUCACACUCUCGGAAACUUAAUGAAAUCAAACUAACAAAACCAGAUACUGCUAGUACUAGUUAUACCGUAAGAGAAACUACUGAAUCCGUUUCGCCUAAUCAGUUAGCACUAGAAGGUGAUGUAAUAACUUCUACUGCCGUAGAUAAGGAAAAAGAAAAGUUGCAUACCCUCGAAGUCACUGAAGUAGAAAGUUCUCGUACAGUAGACAUUGAUUCGGUAGAAGGUAACGUGUCUGAAUCAAUAAAAUUAGACAUCACAAUUGUAGAUAAUCCUAAAUCGCAAGACACUCACAAAGUGGAUGAAGUAGAAAAACCGACAUUAACGGAAAAACAACCAAUAGCUGAAACAGACAUUAGCACAGAGUCACCAAACGCUAUUGUUGAUGUUACUAAGAAUAUUACAAGCUUGGAAGGACAAGUACCUAAAAAGCGUGGAAAGAAGGCAAAAAAUAAAGACUUGUCCGCUGAGAAAAUAUCUGUAGGCAAUAAACCACAUGAAAAACCUAUUAAAUCUGUCAUUCAGCCAACGGUGGAUGAAAUUGAAAGUAAUAAUUUGACUCCAAAAGUUUCUGAUGUUCAACCAGAUCAAAAGGAUGCGGAUGCUAAAUCAUCUACUGUCCAACAUAAAGACUCUGGGUCAAAAUAUGAUAUUAAUCUACUCCUUGAAGCAGAACGCGCAGAUUCUCAUUUGAGACAAAAACCAAACCUUGAUGUUCAAACGAAACCUUUACAAACUGUUGAUGUAACAAUGUCGAUUUCCAAAACCGAUGUCGUAAAAACAGACGAGCCUAAAGUACAUCUUGACAUGAAAGUUGAAAACUUUGAAACCACACAAUCAACAAUUGUCAAAAAAGAUAUUGAUGUAAAUUUACCGAGUGAAGUAAAGAUAGUAGAAGAUCUUUCUCAAACGGUCUCAGUGGAUGAAAAACUUAAGGAUGACGUCAUUCAAGAACCAACACCUGUUCCUGUAUCCAAUGACCCUAUUAAAGAACAGAAGACCCCAGAAAUUAGUGCCCAAAUUAAAAUUGAGGAAACAGAUCAAACAUCAAUUGGAACCGAUGUCGUUAAAACAGACGAGCGUAAUUUUGAAACCACACAAUCAACAAUAGUCAAAAAAGAUAUUGAUGUCAAUUUACCGAGUGAAGACAAGAUAAUAGAAGAUUAUCCUCAAACGGUCUCAGUGGAUGAAAAACUUAAAAAUGACGUCAUACAAGAAUCAACACCUGUUCCUGUAUCCAAUGACCCUAUCAAAGAACAAAAGACCCCAGAAAUUAGUGCCCAAAUUAAAAUUGAGGAAAAAGAUCGAACCUCAAGUGGAACACCAGAUGCCUCUAAUGAUGCGGAUGUUAAAUCAUAUGCUAUCCAACACAAAGACUCUGGGUCAAAAUAUGACAUUAAUCUACUCCUUGAAGCAGAACGUGCAGAUUCUCAUUUGAGACAAAGACCUAACCUUGAUGUUCAAACGAAACCUUUACAAACUGUUGAUAUAACAAUGUCGAUUUCUAAAACCGAUGGCGUAAAAACAGACGAGCCUAAAGUACAUCUUGACAUGAAAGUUGAAAAUUUUGAAACCACACCAUCAACAAUUGUCAAAAAAGAUAUUGAUGUAAAUUUACCGAGUGAAGUAAAGAUAGUAGAAGAUCAUUCUCAAACGGUCUCAGUGGAUGAAAAACUUAAAGAGGACAUCAUACAAGAACCAAGACGUGUUUCUGUAUCCAAUGACCCUAAUGAUCAGAAGACCCCAGAAAUUAGUGCCCAAAUUAAAAUUGAGGAAACAGAUCAAACAUCAAGUGGGACACCAGAUGCCUCUAAAGAUCACAGAAAAAGUAAAAAGAAAAAGAAACGCAAACCUACGCCUAACGCAAGCUUAGAGGAAUCUACCAAAUCAGAGUUGCCUAUAGAGAUGCCUGAAGAUAAGAGUAUUAUUGAUACUGAUAGCUCAUCUCUCAGUCAUUACAUCGAGCUACCAACUUCGCCGGCUUUAGAUUCACCCAAACCUACCGAAGAUAUUCUAGAACCUAAAGUAGAAUCAUUAGAACCAGAUUCAUUCGCUGAAUCUGAAAGGGCUGCUGAAGAGAAGGGUUACGAGGCAGAAGAAAUAUCUCAGGGACCAACACCAGUACCUAAAAAGAGGCAAAAGAAACGCAAGGCCCAUGGCGUUAGUGAAGAAACAACUUACCCUAAAGAAACCACGGCAGAGUCUGAUGACACAUCAUUGUCAAGUCCACUUGAAAUCACAGAGCCCACACAAGAAAAGAAAGGAAAGAAAAAGAAGGGAAAGAAAAAGACACCUACUGAUCCAGAAGAGGUAGAAGAAUCUGAACCAGCUCAAAAAUUGGAGCAUAAGCCAGAAAGUCCAAAAAUAGGCAGCGAGAAUAUAGAGUCUCCUAAAGAUGAAUCAUACCAUACAAUGAGUGAGACUUCUGACAUAAGCACGGUUAAGAUAAUUGAGGAAUGCGUUCAAAGUAGCCCUGAAUCUUUACACAAGGAAGUUACGACUACUGUGACUUUCCCAGUGCCUGUGGUUGAAAAAAUUCCAACGCAAGAGUACUCUGUCCAAACAUCUCCGGAAUUAUCUGAAUCAAUUAAAGAUGGCAAAGAACAGCUAAAACCGGAAACAGUGGCCAUUGAGCUACAGACAUCUCCUACACCUGUCAUUGAAACUGUAGUACAAACUACUCCUCGGGAUGAAAAAGACAUGGACACUCAGACAAUUGAAGAUAUCAUAACAGUAGCAGAAAAAGUACCUGUCGUCGACACUGAAAUUCAAACUAGUAGAACGGAAACGCCACAAAAGAUGGAGCAGAUUGAAGCGACAACUCAAGUGAUUGCACACGAUAUAGUUACUCCGGAAGAAAAGUUUUCUCAAACUUCAUCACCUAUUGAGGAUACGGAAGUUAAAUCCGAAACAGCAGAAAUAGUAACAGACUCUAAAGAAAUUCAAACAUCUCCCUUGCCGGCAGUACAAAAAGAUGAAAAAGGUACCGGAAUUUCCAUCGAAACAGUUGAAACUGAUAUCCAAACUAUACAAGAUAUUAUCGACCAGGAAACAUGCACAACGCCAGUACCAGAAAAAGAAGUUGUUGAAAUGAGUAUACAGACGCCCGAUUUACCAGUGGUUAGCAUAUCUACUCAAUCAGAUUAUGUUGAACCUGAAAGAAAAGUCGAAACGGCUGAAGUAUCAUCACCAACACCUCCUAAACCAGAAGUUUUUGAUGUAAGUCAACAAACGUCGCCAAGAUCGCCAGAAGAACCUGUAAUUACAGCAGAAAAACAACCUGAAAUACCAUUGAAGAAAGAAGUUAUUUCAGUCGAUAGCACUCAACAGACUACUCCUAGAGAAACAAUUGUUGAAGUUGCAACAACUAGGCCAGUCGAUUUAGAACUAACGGAAAUACAGGCACUGACUAUUGAUAGUACUCAACAGACAUCUCCAAGAGUUUAUUCGGAAGAUUCAAUAUCGACAUCGACUGAAGAACCUUAUGAAAUACACUUACGAGCACAAAUAACAAUUCCAGAAGCGACCAAUGACUUCCUUGACAAUGAACGACAAGUGGAAGCUCCACAGUCUAUUCUCGGAGACAGACAAAAACCAAAAAAGAGGAAAAAUAAGCGGAAGAUGGAAUCACCAGGAGCUCAGACACCAGAAAGCCUCUCCGAUCCUAUAACGACAGAAUUACUUAUGUCUGUAACGCCAACAAGCGAAGACUACACAAGUAAAGACACGUCAUCGAUAGAUGAGGGUAUUUCUCAGUUAGCUAGCCCUGUGUCACCAGACCGCCAGGAGCUUAGUAAUCAACACAAAUUAACUUAUUCUGACGUCGUCCAGCGAUCAAAGUCCAAAUCUCCCUCUCCCACUAAAUCGAUCCACUUCUCUCGAAAACCUGAGAAAGCAAGACUGUUUGAUGCCUUAGAGAAAAGAACGCAAUCCCUGACAGAGUCUCCAAGGAAAGUGCCCGACGAUUCAAUGGCUAUUGUUGUUCUGGAUCAGUCUGUAGAGAAAUCAUAUGAUUCUGUUGUCAACAAAGAACUUCAAAAUCUUAAGAAUGCUAUUGGUACUAAUGAUCCGUCAAGGGUUGAGAGGAGCAUUGUAGUCAUCAUAGAAACUAUAUCUAUGUGGUUGGAAGAAAUCCAAUACAAAAUUCAAACCGAAGCUAUUGCCUAUGGAGAAUCCGUUAAUGAAGCGCAACGAUUAACAUCCUUACAAGGAUACAUUCAAAGUCUAAAAGAAAUAAUUGAAAUUACCGAAGUAAAUGAAGAAAUUGUAACUCUUAUUGAAAUGCUAACUCGGCAAGCAGAUGCGGUCAAUGAUCUAAAUCGUCAAAGCUCGACCACGGUAAAAGAAGUUGAAAAAGACUGGGUGAAGCUCUUGGACGAUACUGACAAACUGUACCAGUCUGUCAACAAGGUAAAAUCUAAGCUUGAUGAUAUCAUUCUGUCUGAUAUUCCAACACAACAAAAAUUAGACAAAUUGGAUAAACUAGAGAACGAAAAUGUAAGUAAUUCUGAUUCAGUCACUAAAAUGUUCCGCCGGUAUCGAAUUUUAGUAGAAAACAACAUAAAGCGGGAAUGUCCAACUACUCUGUACGCUUGCGAUGAUGAUACUAAGCAGGUAGAAAAUUCGAUCAAUACCGAAAGGGAUCGUUUGCUUCAGUUGUCUGCAUUAGCCGAGGAAUAUGAACAAACAUUACAAGAUUUUGGACAAAUAACCGAUGUAGCAGAAGCGCUGCUAGACGGAAAAAUAAUUGUAUCUGAUUUAGACCACUUACAUGAAGAAAUCCAAAAACACAGAAAGUUCUUCGUCAAUCUGAGCCACUGCAGAGCCAUCCUCGAAUCUUUAGAAGAUAAUUUGGAUAGUGAAACAAGAUCCAAGUAUUCAUCUUUACAUAAUUCGCUACACGAUCGUGCUACAGUAAUUAUUGACAGAGCAGCAGGUCGCGCUCAACAGAUGACUUUGGCAGCAUCUCGAUGGACCACGUUAGAACAAGGCAUGAGAGAAGAACAACAGUGGCUGAGGGUAGCACACCAGAGGAUACCUGACCUCACUAAUGUCACAUCUAUCGACCACGAGCAAUAUAUCAACUUAUACCAAUCCGUCAGCUUAGAUGUAUCACAUCAUCAUGCAAAGAUCCUACGCCUAUUGUCGGUCACUGAUGGACUGCAAAACCUCAUUGUUUGUUCCGGGUUAGAAACUGAAUGUUCUGUAGCCCUCGAUACAUUGCUCAAGCUACAGGAAGAUGUGGAUUCUCGACUCAUUCGACUGACGGCCUUUAAAGAAAACUGGAUGACUUAUGACUUCAUUGUAGAAAGAAUAGAGAAUUGGAUGAAGAUCGCUAAUAUGGAGCUUGAACACAUUACUCCUGAAAAUAUUACAACAACCGGAAACCUGCGUCGGUUUUGGGAACUCAAGGCCCAACACGAAGUUCAUAACAAUCUUAAAAAUGAGUCCGGUGUCCAAUUUGAAAAAGCAUUAGAAAUUUUACCAAUAUCUGACGAAAUGGUUCAGCGUCAAUUCUUUUCAAAAAUAGAAGACGAAUGGCGGGAAAUUGCCGCCAAAAUUGAUAGCUUACAUUCUUCUGCCAUUCAAAGUAUUUCCGACCGUGACGUGUCCACUGGCGAGAAACUCAAUAUCUUGGAAGAUGAAAUUCGAGAACUACGUGCGUCUCUCGAUAGCUUGAAGACAGUUAUAAGAAGCGAAGACGAAUUAAAUCUUUACAUCGAGAGACUUCAAGUAAUGACUGGCCGCGUUGACAGAAUACAGAACGAGCUCAGUAGGCUGAGCUUACUGCCUACUGCGGAGUCUGAUCGCUUGGGGGCCCUGUUGUCCCAGUCGUGCAACUUAGAUGACCAGAUUGCCGAGGAGCUGGAGCGCAGCAUGCUCUUGAAAGAGAAGAUGGUGCAGGUUCAAGCCGGAAUAACUCGUUGUCAGAAGAAUCAACGUCGUGGCCGCCUCACUCUCGAGGAGUGCGCGGCCGCGGAACGACUCGGCAGCGACGUGGUGGAACGAGCAUCCGAGACGUGCGACAGACUUCUAGAAGAUCUCUCGGCGCAAUGGAGAGACAUACGAGCGCUCAAUCAGGCGCUACAUACCUUGCCGACAUGUCUUCGAGUAUCCGUUUCGCUUACGGAUUUGGAAAGAGACAUCACAGGACUUCAGGAGAGUCACUCGCAACUAGAAACUGAAGCGAGCGAGCUGAGCGCGCGUCUGCGGGCCAAAGUUCAGCUGUGGCGGCGGUUCGAGCGGCAGCUGGAGCUGGUGCAGGGCGCUGUCCGCGAGGCCGACUACAUGGCCGAGCUGCUCACCGUGCAGGGCCAGGUCGACUACGAUCGUCUGCUCAAGGCCACAGAGAAAUUAGAGACGCUAAGCGAGUCGCUGUCUCGUCGCUCGGGCGAGCUGGUGGGCGAGCUGCGAGCGUCGGCGGCGCCGCUGGCGUCCACCGCCGAGCCCGCCGUCGCCGCCAAAAUGCAGCGCGAGCUGGAUGACGCCGCCGCCGCUUACGAGCACACGUGCAGGAACCUGACGCAGCUGUGUGACAAAUACCACAAAGCGGUCGAGCUAUGGAAGCGGUACCGCGAUGCCGCGGCCGCCGUGCGGGCCUUCGCCGAGCAACAGGAGGGUCGGCUGCACGCGCUGCGACCCGCUGAAGCACCCACCAUUGCCCAGGCAUGCUCGGAGCAAGAAGCCCGCGUGGCCGAGCUGCGGUCCCUGGCCGCCCGCGUGGCCACCGAGACCGGCAGCCGCGCGCUGCAGGCCGACGCCGACGCGCUGGCCCGGCGACUGCAGCUGGUCGCCGGCGCCGUGCAGGCCCUGGCUGAUCUCGGGGAGGCCCGCCAGCUCGCGAGGGCGAAGGCGCAGCAUGUCAAGGAGCAAUUCAGUGAUAUGAGACAGGACUUGAUGCCUCUGCACGAAGACGGCGAGAUCGUAGAAGACCAACUCAUUGCUCUUCGAGAGAACUUGAUCACGCUAGGAAAGAGCGAAGCGGACAUCGUACCCGCCAAGGAGCAGCUUCCAGAUAUCGACAGGGACGUCUCAGAAGAACACUCCAUCGUCAGGAUCCUGGAGCUAUGGCAGGCCAUGUUCAGAGACACCUUCCUACAUUACCACAGGCUCUCUACGGCUCUGGUGAGAUCAGGAGACGCUGCAACUGCUCUGCGGUUAUGGCACGAGUACCUCCAGGAUUUACAAUCAUUCCUAUCAGGGUCUGUGCCCGCCGACUAUGAAAACUUAACUGAACAUAGACGACUAUGCAGAGUACAUAGGAACCUGCUGGCUUCACAACGAUCUGUACUAAUAAAUGAACAUAAGGAGACAAAACACAGGGACCUGGUAGAGAAAUUUGACACGUUGACGAAUCUUCACAAUGAGACCCUAGCGAGGAUAGUGGAGCGACAUGACGAAGUAUCCACCAGGAUCGCAGCUUGGGAUGACUACAGAGAGAUCUACAUCGAACUAUUGAGAUGGCUCAAAGAAAUGGAACGUGAAAAAGAAAAGUUGCAACUGAGAUAUGUCCACAUUAAGAGAAUACAAAAAAUAUUGACUAAAGUGCAAAAUCUAUCUGACAAGAUACCAGAAGGUCGUAAACAGGCAGAAAAAUUAUCCAGUAAUCUCAAAAAAAUAUUAGAAUUUACAGAAGAAACAUAUGGAGCUUCCGUAAGGAUGGAGUACGCGGGCAUCGUUAAGCGAGUUGACAACCUGAACGCCAGCUUAGACACGUGGCGAGACUUCCUCACCCGCAUACUUGGGCUAGUCAGUGAAUACGAAAACCUCACUAAUGAUCUUCACAAACUAUACUCGAAGACUCAAGACGAAAUUAUAUCAUACUCAGACGAAGAUAGACUAUCGCGGCCACAACUGAAAAAGGCAAUAGAAAAAUACACGGAAUUAAGGACUAAGGUUGACAAGACCGAAACUCAAAUUGAAGCACUCAGUGUCAUCCAAGAACAGCUAAAGGAAUGUCUUAGUCCUCAGGACAUAAGGAUUGUCAACCAACGAGUGUGGCAGCUGAGGCAGCAACGAGCGGACUUGGAACAUCAAUUAACGAUUAUUAUCCACCGGCUGCAGGAGCGGCUGGAGAUCUACACGAUAUUCAACUCGCGGUUGCUUCGGUUCGCCGAAUGGCUUACCACACUCGAGGCGCGUCUCGAAACUUCUAGUCAGAACAGUGAUUUGGGAGCCCUCGACCCCCACGACCUUAUCAGACGAAUAACCUCGGAUGUCGAAGCGGAAACAUCUAUGAAAGAACGUGAAUUUGAAUGGCUCUCGGAAACGGGCAGCGUGCUCGUUGAUCUUGCUAAAAAGGAUGAGAAGGCUUACAGUAAAACGACAAGCAAACAGCUUAGCGAGAUAAAUGCUCGUUGGCACAAACUUCAGGAUAGCGGCCGAGCAAGAAUAUCCAAAAUUAGUGAACUGCUCGAGACCAUCACGCAGUUGGAGGAACGUUUGACCACGAUCAGGCUAAAACUGCACACCAUCGAAUCUAACCUGACCACUACGGUCAUUGUCCAAGUAUUGACAACGAGAACGGUUGACGAGAAAUUCCAGGAACGCGACGAGAUACACAAAAACAUUGAAACAGUCAGCGGGGAAGUUGGAGAAACUCUGAACCUCUGCGAACUGGUAUUCAACGAUCCCGACGUCCUGAGAGGCAACUUCGACCUCCGCAACCUACGCACCGGCGUCGACAUCGUCGAGAAAAAAUGGAAGAACAUCUGCGACAUGUCCGAACAGCGCAAAAACACGCUGAAAGAGAUCCGCAAAUCGGCCGAACUCGCAAACUCCCUGCUACCCAAGGUCGAAAAGAAACUGGACUCGGUCGAGAAGAGAGUCGAAAAAAUAGAGACCAGGAAGCAGAGAGGAGAAGGGGACGACGAGAGCGUAUCGAAGGCGGUCAUCAGAGAUCUGGAAGCGAUGGAGGAGGACGUUAAGAGGCUGGAGGACGCGUACAGUCGGGUGGCUUCGGCGCGCGGGGUGGAGCUGCGCGGAGACGCGGCGGACACGGCGGCGCGGCUGCGCUCGGCCGUGCGCCGCUCGCAGCAGCUGCGCGGCCGCGUCGACGCGGCCGGCGCCGACGCGCACCGCCAGUUCGUGGCCGCGCACGGCCGCGCCGUCAUCGCGCUCGCCGAGGCCGACGUCAGGCUCACCAGGGCGCUACAUCUGGCUCCGACGCCUCUAGACAAGGACGCUACCAUGGCGGAACUGAUGGGUGUCGAGCAAGAGCUAGCGGAGUGCGGAGCUUUGGUACAGACAGCAGACCAACUGGCAGCAAACGUGUCGUCGGUGGCCGGUGUAGGCGACAUGGUGGCGGAGUACCACGCGCUCUACAACGACGUGCGCCAGCGGCUGAUCGCCGCGCGCGCCGAAUUCGUCGGCGACGUCGACUCUGCUAUACAGGUGGACACCCUUAAAUGGGAGACUGACGCCGCUCUUCAAGUAGACACGCUGACUUCCAAAGAAACUUACCGCGCUGAGCUGGCGUCAGCAGUGAAAGAGGCCUCGGACUGCCUGGAGGCCCUGAGAACAGCACUGCUGCAACAGCCCAAGGAAGACGCGGGAAGCGAUGACUUGGCAACCGCUGCGAAAGAAAUCGCCAAGGCUGGCGCUAAGCCCAGCCAAAUACUAGAGUUGGCCAAACAUUUGUCCGAACUACUCUUGACGGAAUGCGACGCGACCGAAGAUGAAGCCAUGCUGAAAGAAGUCGAGUCUCUUUCGUUGAGAUACGAGGACCUUUUCGCGCAAGCGAAGAAGAGGGAGCUCCAAAUCAAUAACCUAAGGUUGCCGCACUCGGCGUCAUACGCGCUCACGUGCGAACAUGAGAGCGGGCGACUGACGUGCCCUCUGUGCUCGGAGCGCAACUGGAAGCAGUUGGACAACGACCUGUGGCGCUUGGAGCAGUGGCUGCAGUUCGCAGAGGCCACGGAGGAGGGCCGCGGAGACCCGCCCGAGCAGUACGACCAGCUCGAGGACGCUAUUCAGGACCAUCGUGAGUUCCUGCUGGACCUGGACUCGCACAAAUCCAUCGUGGUCUCCUUGAACGUGGUGGGCACGCACGUGGCCGCGCACGCGUCGGUGGCCGAGGAUGCGCAGCGCGUGCGCGCGCGCCUCGCCGCCGCCAACGCGCGCUGGGACCAGGCCUGCGCGCGCGCCGGCGUCUGGCAGAAGAGGUUGCAACGUGCGUUGGUGCACAACCAGCAGUUCCAUGAUAUCGUUGUGGAGCUAGUGGCGCGUCUGGCGGCGGCGGAGCGCGGCGUGCGCGCGCGCGAGCCGCUGCGCUUGUCGCGGCCGGCGGCCGAGCUGCAGCGCGACUUCCGCCGCUUCAGCGAGCUGCGCGACGAGCUGAGCCGCGCCGAGCCGCGCGUGCACGCGCUGCACGACGCCGCGCAGCUGCUGCGCAGCGGCGACGCGCCGCCCAACGCGGAUGAUAUCUGCCGAAGACUGGGCGAGCUGCGGCUGCGGCUGCAGUCGCUGCGCAAGCUGUCGGGCGUGUACGCGCUGAAGCUGGGCGCCGCGCUGGCGCGCCAGCCGCGCGGCACGUCCGCGCUCGCCGCCGCCGUCGCCGCCUCCGCGCCCAUGCUAAUGGAGGAAGAAGAGGAACAAAUCUCAACGCUGGAGCUGCCUCCCCUGGACGAGAAUGAUGUGGUCGUAACUGAUGACGACGAGGACCUGUCGCGGCUGCAGCGCAGCCUGCGGUUCGUGUGCCGCGUGGCGCGCGCGUCGCUGCCGUUCCAGGCGCUGCUGCUGCUGCUGCUGGGCGCCGCCGCGCUGGCGCCGCACGCCUCCUCCGACUGCCGCACGCCCGGCCUGGCGCUGGAGCCCGUGCUGCGCUACCCCGACGGCCCGCCGCCGCUCUGAUCCACGACACGACGCCACCCGCUCCCGGGCGGCACGCCCGCUCUAAAACUUAACGCCGGCUCAAACAGGCCGGGCUGGCAUUUUUCAUUUUAGCCUUACCUGGCGACUUACGAAAACUUAAGGGGGUCGCGAACUCGGAAAUGGCGGUUUUUGAGUUGACUACCCGCUUCUGGUUUUCGUUUCUUCCGGCUCGGAUAUGCCGCCGCGCUCUGGCCGGUUUCGUGGGAAACUCGGCGUGAGCGCCCCACAUUCCACUCGGUGCUCCGCCCGCCGCUUGUAAAUACCCUUUUGUAUAUUUGUUAUUUAAAAUUGAUGAAAGACAUCGGCGGGCGGGCGUCCCCGUUAUUAUUUAUAUGAAUUUGUAUCGAAGGCGACGGACCUGCUUCGCGCGUUGUUACUUAAAUCACUCUUAGUUUGUAAGGACUGUGUACAAUAAAGUCAAAUAAAGCCUUUGCAAUUGAUUA